CACAGUCCGUAGUCCGGGCUUUAUACCAAGUCCGCAGUCCGUGGUCCGUAGUCCGCAGUCCGUGUUUGAAACUGACCGCCUUUGCGAGGCUACCAAGUUACCAAGUGUGGGUUAUUGAAAGAAUAACCCAAGUGUGUCCGUGGCAGUACUAGCUAUAGUAUACCAGUCAGUAACGUUAGCAAAAGUACGGUUUAUGUAACAAAUGGAAUCCACUGAGACGUGCAGAGUCCUUUCUAUUCAAAGCCAUGUUGUAUCAGGUUAUGUAGGGAAUGAUUCAGCGACAUUUCCUCUUCAGGUAAGCUAUUUUUUACAAUUCCCGUACCAGUGGAACGUGACACCGACACCGGUUUUUCCCGCUGCAGUGGUACCACUGUACACUAAUUAGACCGUGUUCAGCUGCAUGACAGAGUUACCUUUUGAAAAGUGUUUUCAUACUAGAAGUCAAGGAUUCCUUGGUCUUAUUCAAGACUUUAUUCUCUCCUAUUGUCUAGCUCUGACUUAUACCCGAUCGCAUGUUAUUGUGAUGAUCGACAUACGUUCGUUCGAUUUGAUGAACAUUCAACGGAUAUUAUUACUUAUGACAACAUCAAUGAUCAAUGCAGUUGUCAUAUUGUGUGGGAAUGUGUUUUUCCCGAAGUAUUUAGAAUGCGAGCUGUUUUGUUUAGGACAGCAGGGCAGGGAAUGAGAAUCCGCUGGUCAGUGUUUUACAUGGUGAUUAAUCAGUGGCUGAAGAAUUUAGUGCUGGAAAUUUGUAUUUACUGUUUUUGCUAUUCAAAUUUGUAACACGUGAAACAAAGGAAUUUAGUGCUGGAAAUUUGUAUUUACUGUUUUUGUUAUUCAAAUUUGUAACACGUGAAACAAAGGAAUUUAGUGCUGGAAAUUUGUAUUUACUGUUUUUGUUAUUCAAAUUUGUAACACGUGAAACAAAGGAAUUGUUUUUUUUUUUCCAGAUUCAAUGUGCUUCUGGUUGGCACAUUAACAUCAAUAGGUGACUUCAGUGUGAGUAUCGCUAGCGAUACUCAUACUGUACACGCUGACCUGACCUCUCGUUUCAAACCUGAGCAACAAAAACAACAUUAAUUGUAAACAGUGAUGUCUCACAUAGGUGUUCUUAGAUAUAGCCUCUCACGCAGAUGUUUUAGUAACGGCUUCGUCAUGCAUAAUGCCCCAGGAACGUCUCGUGAAACAAGCAGUUAAAAAAAUUAGACCAAUCACAGCACACUUUCAGAUCUCAGAAGUGUAUUUUAGACUGUCCAACCUUUUGAGUGUGAAAAAUCCAUAGAUUGUUAAACCAUGGAGAAAUAACUUGAGCGCCAAAAAUUGGGAUUUUUCCUAUCCCGAUUGUACAUUAGUAAGAUUUCCAGAUUUUCAAGCAAAUUUGGAGCAAUCUUGAUGUAACUGGGACAAAAACGGGAUAAGAACAGAAAGUGUCUGGAAGAUCUCCUUGUUUAGAGCAAAACUCUAAGGUCACAGAUACGCUUCACUUGUGAGUCUCGUUUGGCCUGUCAACGCUUUAUUUCCUACUGAUAAUGAUUCAGGUGGUUGUCCUUCAUGUCCAAAGAAGACUGCGUGUUGUAUGAUCAUCUAUGGAUUCUCUGGUGGCUCUGCAAACUCAGUCUGGGAGGGCAGAGUCUGGAACAGGUGGGGCACUGGAACUCCAUUAUUGUGAUGUCAGCAGAGGAUGCUCUGUGAUGUCGUUCAUAGGUUGCAAUAAGUCUUUGACGGUGGUCAUCCUUGAAAUUGUUGGGGGCUGUGUGGGUCAGUAAGCGCCUGUGACUUCUGUCACUGGCUACAGCCUCAAGUUCUUUCGGCUGGUUGCCCACACCACUGAAGGUUUUCCUUCACAGUGUCCUUGUACUGCUUGCGAGGGCGGCCUUGCUUUUUCUUGCCAGCCUCAAGCUCUCCAUACAACAGUUGACAGGGCAUGCAAUGAUCGUCCAUCCUGAUGACAUUUCCCACCCCUGGUAGCUGGACCUUGAUGAGUAUGGCCUCAGUCCUGGUAAACUCUGCACGGUCCAGGACCUCGAGGUUUGUGAUAUGGUCCUGCCAGUGGAUGCCAACUAUGGAACGAAGGGCACUCAUACGAAAGUUCUCCAGCUAGUUAAUAUGCCUGUGGUACAGUGUCCAAGUAUCAUAUUCAUACAUGUCCUGUACAGCAUGUGCCAGCAUGCGUGUGAAGAAGAGAUUAAACAGGACUGGGGCUAGGAUGCAGCCCUGUUUUAUUCCAUUUGUGAUGGUGAAGACAGCUGACUGGUCACUGAUGCAGAGAACUUAAUUGCCCUGUCAUUCCACCAUGAGGAAGCUGGAUCAACCUCACAAACUUCUUUGGGCAGCCAUAUCUCUCCAGGACCAUCCAGAGGGCCUCCCUGUUGACUGUAUUAAACACCUUUGUCAGAUUUAUAAAGACAGAGAAGAGGGCCUUGCUCUGUUCAAUGCACUUCUCCUGCACCUGUCUGAUGACAAAAUCAUGUCCAGGGUGCUGCACCCUGGUCUGAAGCCACACUGCGCCUCUGGGAGACCUCUUGCAGUUUCCAUGAUCAGUUGGUUCGGGAGAAUGCGAGUAAAGAUCGUUCCUGCUAUGGAAAGAAGUGAGAUGCCUCUGUAGUUUCCACAGUUGGACUUGCUCCCCUUGUUGUUGUAGAGAGUAGUAAUGAGAGCAUUGCAAAAGUCUUCGCAUGGCCUCUUUGCUCCAUACACUUUGCAGAACAUCAUGGAAAGCCUCCAGUGCAUUGGGGCCUGGAGCUUUGAAGAUCUCAGGUGGGAUACUGUCGUUUAUGAUUAUUGGCCUUUUUAUUAAACCAUGACUUAGUGCUGAUUUGUUCUCUGGUAAUUUGCUAGUGAUCUCCAGCUGAUAAUUGCAAACAAAGCGAAAAGGAAUUUAACUGCUUGUUUCAGCACAUGUUCAUGGGGCAGAAACAGAUGAUGAAGCCCCAACAAGUUUAGCGUGAGAGGCCAUCUGGAAUAGGGCCACAUUUCUGGUUUUUAGAUUACGGAUGCAGUUACUGUACUGGAUUGAUAGAGGAAUACAGCUGAUCAAAGAUCUUGCAUUAGGUAUCACAGUCCCUGUGAGACACCAACAAGUGGGAAGGGGGCAGGGGAAGUUGGAGAUGAAAAAUGCCUUUCAAGGUUAAUACUAAGUACUACUGAAAUCCAGUGUAACUAACUGUUAGGACCCUUAAAAACAAAGAAAAAAAAAACAGUCUUGAGCAUUUGAAAUUUUGAAUAGCUGGCUUGACCAUCCUGACCAUCCAUAGGGUCAUGUGACUUUAAUUUCUGAAAGGCAAUAACUGCGUGUGAGAAUGAGCGAUGUAAGUGACAAGAUGAUGCGCAGAGCAGGAAGAAACCUAAAAUGUUCUGAUUUUUAUAACUGCACUCAUGACUCCACUUUACAAAUCCAAUAAUUUCUUAUUGUCACUCUUUCGAAUGCAUGCAGACUCCAAUAUUCUGGUCUUGUUACUAGUGAAAAUCAGACUAAGAGUGGAUUUCCACUGCAGCAUAAUUUUUACGCUCAAAUUUUAUACGUGUAAAUAGUGUAAAGGAAAUGUAUGAAGUGUCAUGAAAAAGUAUGAGUAAAAGUUGAGCGAAGUUCAACUUUUGCCUUUUCUACAUUGCCUCUAAUUUAUUUAUGGACAUCAAUUUUACACGUGUACAGACAUUGAAAUUACUUGACAGUGGAAAUCUACCCUAAAAGGACUAUAGGUACUUGAGGUAAUCCUAUCAUCAUGUUACUCCUUCCUUUUUCAUUUUAGGUUCUUGGAUUUGAGGUUGACACAAUCAAUUCAGUACAACUUUCCAAUCACACUGGUUUGUUUCAUUGUCUAUUAUUAAUAUAAUUGCUUUUGUUGUUGAACAAUAGAAAGUAAAGUAGUUUUUCACGUGUUGUUAUUUUUAAUGCAUAUUUCAAUAUUUUUAUGAUCCCUCCUACUUAAAGUGCCCAUAACCUAAAAUUUUAUAUUUUCUUAUCUGAAAAUACACCUUAUUAAAAUAACUUCUGCUAAAAAAUUUUGCAAUUUGAACGAAAGACGAUUUUUUUAGAAUUUUUUAAAAACUUUCAAAUUUGCCUCCAUUUUGGCACACCAUUCGUCUUAGUCUUCUCUCAGAGUAUGACGUUAUAUGACAUACUUUAAGAAACACGUGACUUUAUCAACAGGAAAACAUUAAGAGUUCUGGUAGGUUUUUCUGUUUCAGAAAAACUUUCUUCUUGCGAAGACGUUGUGAGUCAAUCCUUACUUGUAAUUGAUCUUCUUUGUGUACAGCUGGUGAAGGCAAGGUAAUGUGAGUUCCUUAAUUUACGUCACAUAACGUCAUUUGUGAACCUGCUGGUUUGCGUGACCAGCGUCGGGGGUGUACCACAAAAAUGUAGAUUUUAAAAAUUGGUAAAAAAAUCACGCUUUGUUCAAACCGCAAAAUUUUUUCGCAGAAGUUAUUUUAAUAAGGUAUAGUUUCAGAUAAGAAAAUAAAAAAUUUUAGGUGAUGGCCACUUUAACAAUAUCAUUGUUUUUUUAAACCAGGGCACCUGAUAAUGUGAGAUGGUGCAAUUUGGUACAAUAUUCUAUUAUUAAUGUAAAUCAUAUCUGAUUGCAUAAUCCAUAAGAAAUCCUGUAAUAAACUGCUGCAUAAUCUGCACUAGAUAACGAAUUUAACUGCUAAUUUGAAAAAAUGCACUUUAUUUGAGAAUCAAUGUGAUUUUAAUUAGUACUAAUUGGAGACACUAUCUUUACGGCUACAACUGGAGACAGGAAUGCCAUUUUAUGUGGUCAUCCUAGCCAUGCAAAGGUCUAGCUGCUUGCAGUGCAAGGAGAGUACCUUCAUUUCUCAGUUAUUUUUAAGACCCUGAUAAUUAUUAGUCCAGUUCUGGGAAUCAAACCUACAACCCCCCCCCCCCCCCCCCCCCCCCUUGCAGCAAACGCUCAACCUACUUGGCUUAUCCUGCUGCGGUAAGGCUAUUUAAGUUUCAAAAUACUGUGUUGAGCCUCCGAAAUCUUCCUCAAGUUUUGAUGUUAAUCUAGUGACCAUACGAAAUAUCCACAUUUUCCCAUAAUCCUAUAAUUUGCCCUAUGAUAAACCUUAGAUGUGUGCUUCAUUUGUGUCCCAUCUCCUCAAAAGAUGUCUUAGUUUCCUCCAAAUUUUUUUCACACCAUUACACAGUCUGAUAAACACUUACUUAGGUGCAUGUUUCUGUUUGGUAGGCUAUGAGCAUAUAAAAGGCCAAGUGUUGGAUUCAAAGGAACUUAAAGAACUGUUUGAAGGACUGAAACUCAACAAUUUGCAUCAAUUUUCUCAUCUACUUACAGGUACACAUUUUAACUUUGUUGUAUGCAGCGUAAAACAGGUUGUUCAUAAACCCAUUUGCUCCAGGGAAUUUUGUCAAAAAUCACCUUUUGAGGGUAGUCAAGCUGUUUUCUGGUCGUUGUCUGGCUAUAAUGAGUCAAAAUAAUACCACUUAUAAGUCGGGCUUUUCAAGGCCUAUUUGUCCCAGGUGCAAUGAAAUAUCAGCUUUCGAAGCUUGGGUAUUUGCAGAUAAAAGCAAAAAUUUGGAGAUAGUUUUGGGUUUGAUACUGUCUUAACCUCCCCUCUAAUUUCCCUGUCCUUGCCCCAGUUUGUUCCUUGUGAACACCUUGUUUCUGAAUAGUUCUUUUUCUAUUUUGUCCUUCAAAUAAUUGUUUCCAGAAAUAGUUGACACGCAGACAGCUUUUUCUAGGAAACUCAAAGGGUACGUAAUAGAAAAAUGAAAAUUAACAAUUGCAAAAAAGAAUUAAAGAAGUCUGUUACAAGUUAAGCUCAAAUAUGGGUAGUUGUAGCAGCAUUCUGACUCUCUUUUUUGUAGAAAGUACUACAGGAUUGUGUUAAAAGGUAACGUGAAAGCCAGAUGAAAGUCUAGAAAAACAUGUGAGCUGUUGCUGCUGUUGUCCAAUCAGAAGCCAGUAUUUUUAUUUUCUUGCUACUUAGCAAGAAAAAUGCAACUCUGAUACAGGAUAGUUUUCCAAAUAGCCUCAGUAGGUGAUAAAUGAUCGGUAUGCCGGUACCCUACCCUGCAGUUGCUAAGAUAAUUUUCAUUGUUUAAAAAAUAGGGUCACUCUUUUUGGAUCCAGAGUAAUUUGAACCACUGAUUGAUUUAGUAUAAUAUAAUCUCGUACCCAGAUCUCACUCUGUUUUACACUUUUUUCCCUUGGCCAUGGGAGAUCUGGGUACGAGAUUAAAUAUAAUAUGGAAGCUUUCCUGCAGGAUUUUGAAUUGAUUGAUUACCUUUAUUGAACUUGCAUUAUUAAGGGUUAAUAUUUAAUUGAACAAGCACUUUAAGAAAUUUAAGAAACAUACAGUGAGACAAAAGCUAAGCUAAUGCUAACCACAAAUCUUUGCACCACUCUUGACGUCAUAACUCUCUCGCAAGGCUCUUUGGGUCGACUUUGAUGUACAUUUUAUUGCAUCAGUCUCUAAGGUCAAAAAAAUGCAUUUUUUGCACCAAAGGGUAAAAUAUAGGCCUACAACCAUUUUACAGUCUCUAGUCGGCUGACUGAAUUCGUUUCGCUCUGCAGUAAACGCAGAAUACCCUGCCACAUUGACUACGUGACUGAAAAAAAAAUGGCUACGCGGUAUGCGAAAUUAAUUCAAACGUGGCAUGCUUGCUUGUUUUACUUAAGGCCUUUUUUCAAAGAACGGAGAACUCACUUGCGUAACACGCGCGUUCACUUCGGGAAUUUAUCUGUCACUCAGGCAAUGUAAUUUUUGACCUUACACGCAUUUCCUACUGCCUGCCCCCUUCCCUGCGUAUUUCUUACUGCCUACCCCCCUUCCUUGGGUUAUUUUUUGAAAAUUCAAUAUACGUUGUUCUAAUCAGCUUUGCAGUAGUCUUUGGACUUCUCAUUUUUGGUUCUAAGUAUUUUGGCUGAUUAGAUUCCAACGCCUGUCCCUGUAUCAGGGACCUAGCCUGCCUAGCAGGCGCUUAGAAGUAGUGGGCGCGAGAAAGAACGGGCGCGCGAGAGGGAGACACGCGAGGGGAGAGGGAACUCCCCCUCCCUCAGUCUCCUCUUGCGUGUCUCCCUCUCGCGCGCCCGUUCUCUCUUGCGCCCACACUUCCAAGCGCCUGCUACGCACGCUGUCAGGGACAUCAAGGCUAUGUUCCUACUUUAACGGAUAGCUCAGUUUUCGUGCCGACACGAAAAGCUAUCCGAAAUAGUACGAAUACGUAUCCGAUAUGUAUCGCGCCAAAAUCACCGUUGUAUGUGUACAGAAGCCCUAUCUAACUUAACCACACUACCUAAUAACAGCUUUGCAAGUGCAGCACACUUUUUUGUACAUUUCUUCUCUUUACGGCGUAGACGCCGUCGUAAUGCACCGUCAUAAACUGAGUCGUCUUCCAUCGGGUGAUCACAAGAGAAGCAAACUUCAUUGAUGAUGUGGGGAAGUAACAGAGGCUUUUGGAGUGGCAUUCAUUCCGUCGGAUCCAUUGCUUGAUGUUAAUGUGUACUGCGGUGGUGUUACACUUGCUGUAUACAAUGGUGGGGGCUGUUGGAAGGUAUUGAUGGCCGGUUGCGGGAGGUGAGAUGUGGUGAUUUGUGUUAAGUGCCCGAAAGUAACGUUGGAGAAUGCCAUUAAACGUUGUUGCCGCCUCCGGUGAUAAAAAUAGCCGAAGACUACGAUAGCAACAAUGACAAUAAAUGCACAUGCUGCGGUAACAGGUAUGAUGAUGUUCAGACUGCAUUUCGUGCCAUUCUUACACUUCUUACCACAGCAAACUUGACCACCAGAGCAGUCAAAAUCAUAAGUACAGCCUUGACCACUACAAUCUUUCGCUUGAACACACACAUCAUUACAGCAUGAUUCAUCGAAACCACAUCCCGACUGCCGCACGCAGGAGCGACCGACGCAAUUGUUGCCUGGAACGCAUCUGGAAUUACAGCAUACCGAGUUACUCGGACACUGAGUGUUGGAAGAGCAGUAAUCACCGAGGCAAGGUGUUGUUUUGGAGUGACAAAUCCCGACUGAAGUCUGUCUGCAACACUUUUCCGAAUAUCCGCAAUCGCUUGAGCUGGAACAGGAUUGACCGAUGCACUUCACGCCAGAAAUAAAUGCCCCCAAAACAAUCAACGUACACAAUAUGACACUUUUGUUGUAAGAUAAACAGAUCACCAUACCAACUCUUAGUAAUGCCAUCCUUUAGAUUUGCGAGUUCUCGGCUCUCAACUUCGCCUGAUGAAAUGUUGUCUCAGACGGUUUUAUCCCAGAAAAAUAUGUAAAUUUUAUAGGCGUUUCCUUACGUCAGAUUCCCCUGUAUCCGCCUUACUUACUUACAGAAAUAUAAACCACUUUUUAAUGGCCUCAAUAAGCGAUAAAAGAUCGGUAAACCCUAUGACGUUGCCAAGAUAAUUCAUUGUCAAAAUAGGGUCACUCUUUUCGGAUCCAGUGUAACUUGAACCACUGAUUGAUUUAAUAUAAUGCGGAAGCUGUACUGCAGAAUUUUCAAUUGAUUUAUUACUUUUACUGAACUUGCAUAAAAUUUAACAAGCGCUAUCAGAAAUUUAAGGAAGUGAGUGACAGUGAGACGUAAGAGGUCUUGACUUUACUAAUUUUAACCACAAAUCUUUGCACCACUUGUGACGUCAUAACUCUCUCGGGGGUUCCUUGGGUCGACUUUGAUGUACACUUUAUUGCAUCAGUCUAUGGGGUAAAAAGAAGGCAUAUUUCGCAAAAUUCUCCGCAGAGGGUAAAAUGUAGGCCUACGACCAUUUUACAGUCACUGGUCAGCUGACUGAAUUCGUUUCUCUUUUUUACAACUUUCUUUCUUGGCUCUGGAGUAAACGCAGAAUACCCUGCCACAUUGACUACGUGACUGAAAAACAGUGACUACGCAGUAUGCGGAAUUAACUCAAGCGUGCACGCCUGUUUUUCUUUUUUUCAAAGAACAAGGAAAUAACUUUUAUUUCUCACUUAAAGAAUGUAUUUUUGACAUUACAUGUAUCUCUUAUUGCGUACCCCCAGACUGAGGGGGAGGGUAAUUGGGUUAAUUUUUGCUUGGUAUGUGCCGCUGGCCUCUCAGAGCCCCUGUAGAUCCCAUUUUAGUCACUUCUGGGCAAAUGUAAUUUUCGCGAUCCCAACUUAGUCACUUUCUAUUUAUGCAUCUACCUUAUCAAUCUUUUAAAUAGCUCAUCCUAAAAUGAAUUGACCCAUUUUUUUAAAUUGACUGAAGACUUUACUUUUUACGUACAGUAGAAACAUUGAGGUACUUUUGCUAACCUUAAAUACAAAGAACUUUCCUACCCAAAAAUCCGAAAAUGUGUGACCCUAUUCUAUUUACUUACUUCAAAAUGCAACUUCAUUAUAGUCAAUCCAGUCGUGAAAAUACGACCCCAUUCAGCGGCACAUCCCCACUAGCCUCUUAUAAGAAAGUACCCCCGCCCGCCCCCCGGGGCCGCCUGUCCGUGUACCAGGGACCCUAUCUUCGUACUUUAACGAAUAGCUCAGUUUUCGUGCCAAUACGAAAAGCUAUCCGAAAUAGUAUGAAUACGUAUCCGAUAUGUAUCGCGCCGAAAUCCCCGUUGUAUGUGUGAACAGUUACCACGUAAAACAGAAACGUACGAGAGUGCUAAGUGCGUUCCAUGCAACACACGUAAGUGUACCCAUAACGGAUUCGUAAGUGACCCACUUAAGUGAGCACUUAAGUGUAGGUUUUAUGCAACCGGGGCCUUUUUGCCGAGGCCAAAGACUUAGUGGUCACCUUAGAAAAGCGAACAAUAUCGUAUCUUUCUGUCUCAGCCCGGAUCAGGGUGAUUGAUCCGUUUAGCCAAAUGAAACGAGAAUAUAAUACGAUAUAGGACGAUGCAGACUCUGCGAAUCGUAAUAACUUUGUCCCAUCUCAGAACCUUACAUGAUGCUCUCCGGGAAACUUUUCUCAAAGUGACCAAUAUUUAAAACUAAACUGCUAAACGGCAUCGAGACCAGCUUUAGGCGCCCGCUGAUUUCAAACUGAUAACUGUCACUUGUAUUAAAGAAAGAAUUGUGGGUAGGGAAAAAAAUAGGGAGGGGGGCGGGGGAGUAAGAUAGUAAUUCUGUCUACAUCCACUUCUACACAAAUCCAUAACCACAAGACAGGCCAAAAAAAUACGACAUAAGCAAACAACACAGUAAACAAGCUAUUAGACAGGGGAAGUUGAGAAAAAUUACAAAAUGUUUGCUAACCCGGUUUUCAUAUUUUUUACAUUACAUGUAUCUCUUACUGCGUACCCCCCAGGGGGAGGGUAAUUGGGUUAAUUUUUGCUGUGUAUGUGCCGCUAGCCUCUCAGAGCCCCUGUAGAUCCCAUUUUAGUCACUUCUGGGCAAAUGUAAUUUUCGCGAUCCCAACUUAGUAAACACUCACCCCACUAGCCUCUUAUAAGGAAGUACCCCCCCCCCCCUCUGGGGCCGCCUGUCCCUAUACAAGGGACCUUAAGGCUAUCUUCCUUCUUUACCGGAUAGCUCGGUUUUCGUGCCGACACGAAAAGCUAUCCGGAAAAUUAUAAAUACCUAUCCGAUAUGUCAGUCUCCACUUAAGAGAUCGGCGCGGUGCGGCGCUGCUUCGCACCGUUUCGGAAAUCGCGCUGAAAUCAUCGUUCUAUGUGUGAACAGAAGCCGUAUCUAACAACAACACUACUAGCCCUACUACCCUGCGUAGCAAGCGUUUUCAAUCGAGUUAUUGCGCGAAAGGUAGAGCGGGAGCUAAAAGCAAAUGGAAAGACGAAGGGGAGGGAGAAAAGGAAACCUUCUCUCCCCUCCCCUCCCCCGUCAUUUCUUUUUUCAGGGUUCGUACAGGUCAUGGAAAACCAACAACAACAACAACAACAAAACUUUAUUAAUAAACAAAUAAAAUUACAGACUAAAGAAACACAGAAUUAAACAAAUAAAUUGUAAAAGGAGAAACUAAUAAGCAAGAUUGUUGUUUUUUGACGUGUUUGACUAAUUGAACGUUAGUGAUUUUCUUCAGUUGAUUCUUUAGAUCUUGAAUUUCUUUUCGUAACGCUUGGUUUUCUUUCCUUAGUUUCUCAGUUCCGGUCAUAGUUGAGUAAAAGUUAAAAGAUUUAGAAGAAAUUUAGUAAGAAGCCCAGAGUGAUCGAGAACACGCCCGACUAGUACGCUCUCGGUACCAGUUUUCUCUGGGAAGUCAUGAAAUUUAAGAAUUUCAUUUUCCAGGCCUGGAAAGUCAUGGAAAAUUAAGGCUAUGUUUGGGAGACUAGUCACUGCAGAUAUUAAAGCAAGGACAGUGUAAAAUUGAGACGAGUGAUUAAACAUUGCAAAUGGUACGCAUUUUAGUGGACACCAGAGUUUGUCUGUUGUGCUGAGUUGGGGAAAAAAAUACCCUAAAACAAGGAAAAUUUUGAGGGACGCGUUCGAAUGUUGUUGAAGGGAGGGGAUUUAGAUCUGUGACUCUGGAUGCUACUCAAUCGCGAAAAGGCUGUCGGGAUUCCGGCGGAAUAGUCUUACUUUAAAAAUGCAUUUUAUGAGUGGAUUUCAAUUAUCAAAAAGACCUGCAAUUUCUUAUGGUUCAAGAUUGACAAAGACUAUGCCAAAACCGUCAAAGAUAUCUAUACGCGUGGCCUUUAUAUACCUCCAUGUAAUUCACUGUAUUUCAAUGUAGAAUUAUUUGAAGAAAGGAGUUUAUGGGUGACUUGAACGCUAGAACAGGAAAGUAUUCCGACAGUGUUUGUUAAGAGGGAAAUAACCUCAUUACAAACGACCAAUCAGAAUUCUCUCUCUGUCCAACCCAGAGAAAUAGUUUUGUUAACGAAUUAAACAGUCACGGUAAAAGGCUCGUUGAAAUUGUAAAAGUGCAGACCCUAGGAUUCUACAGGGAAGAGUCAGUGGUGAUACCCUAAGAAGAGUAACGUUUCAUGGAAAAAACGGAGUGAGUGUAGUUGACUACGUAGUGUGAGACCAGGGUCUUUUAUCACACGUUGCAAAUUUUGUAGUCAAAGGUCCACUGCAGUUGUUAGACCAUAGCCCUAUUACUACUUGGCUGAAUAUUAACAAAAAGACGAGUUUCAAUCCCACCGUACUUGAAGGAGAUACUUCAACGCGUUUACCGAAACAAUUUCUGUGGGAAAACGACUCCGCUCAAAAAUUCAAGGAUGCUCUGAGGUGUCCCGGUAUACAAACACUAAUACGCGAUUAUAUUGCCGGCGACACAUUCAAUGAAAAUACUGAGCUAUCCCUCGAAAAGGUGGAAAACAUUUUAAUCACAACGGCUAAGUGUUGUUUAAAGAUAAGAGCAGGUAAAACGUGAAAGCGUAUCAAAUAAUUAUCAAACAAAAAACGGUUCGAUAAAGAAUGUCGUUUGAAAAGGCAUGAAUUACGAAAACUAGCAAACAAGAAACAUCAAGACCCUUUGAAUACUAUACCAUACGUGAGCAAUACCAUGAUACUCUGGCCCAAAACAAGAAAUUACUUAAUUCUAAAAAGAAUGAUUAUUACAAUGCCAAGAUUUCUGAGCUAGAAAAAACUGCAUACAAUUCAGGGGCGAAAACUUUCUGGCAAUUCCUCAAAUCGACGGACGACACUAGAAAAGGAGAGGAUUUUCCAUCAAUCUCGGAAGAAAAACUGGCUGCAAUAUUUCCACAAUCUUCAUUCAAUGGAACCUCUUAACCCAGCACAGCAAAACAUUUGCAAUGAUUUACGACAAAAUCAAUGCCAUGGUCAACACUCUUGUACUUUAGAUUUCAUGAUAACUGAAAGAGAAAUACGUAAAGCUGCAAAAAAGUUAAAGAAUAAUAAAUCACCAUUUUCCGAUAAAAGUAGAAAGGAAAUGAAAUGCCACAGACUUGGUGUGGUGGUGUUAUUAUUCCCAUUUAUAAAUCGGGCGGACGAAGCGAUCAGGCAAACUACCUGGGUAUCUGUGUCUCCAGCUGCCUGGGAAAACUAUUUUGUUCCAUCUUAAACCAACGACUUUUCGAGUAUAUCGUUUUCUUUGAAUAUACUCCACAAAUCUCAAAUUGGCUUUUUACCGAAUAACCGCACAGCAGACCACGUCUUCACUCUCCGAGUACGUUCAUAAUCACAACGGAAAGAUCUAUGCUUGUUUUGUAGAUUUCAAAGGCGCUUUUGACUCGGUCUGGCAUGACGGGCUCUUGAAUAAGGUGCUGCAAAUUGAUGCAGGUGGUUCUUUUUAUAACUAAAUUAAAAACUUGUAUCACAACUCUUCCUGCUCGAUUAAAAUUGCCCCAAAACAGACGCGAUCAUUGCGUUAUGCGAGAAUUGUGCGGCAAGGCUGUAUCUUAAGUCCACUGCUUUUUAAUCUUUACAUUAACGACCUACCUUUCGCAUCUGAAAAUACAUUAUCUGAUCCUUUUGUUUUGCCAAACGGUGCAAAACUAAAUUCUCUAUUAUAUGCAGACGAUUUAAUCAUUUUAUCACGAUCCAAAACAGGACUACAAAAUUGCCUCGAUAAACUAUUUUCAUUCUGUACUUCAUGAAUGAUGAAAAUCAAUCGCCAAGAAAACAAGAAUUAUGGUUUUUCAGAAACGUGCGAGAAAAAAUGCUGAUUUUCACUUUCUCAUAGAUAGUCAAAUUAUUGAUGUUGUACAAGAGUACACUUACUUAGGAACUCGAAUGUCCUCAUCGGGAAAUUUUUCAGUCACGUGAACAUCUCAAGGAGAAAGCUCUUCAUGCACUCUUCAGCUUGAGAGGACACACGAAUCUUAGCAAACUAAAAGCAGCUCUCGCCUGUAAAAGAUUUGAUACUAUGAUCUCUCCUAUUCUAACAUAUAACAGUGAAAUUUGGAGUGUGUAUGCCAAACCAGAUUUUAAGACCUGGGAAGGCUCACAAAUCGAGAAGGCACACCUUCAAUUUUGUAAACGAAACUUGAAGCUAUACAACAAAGCUUCUAAUAUGGCUUGUAGAGCAGAGCUUGGUCGUGUUCCUUUAAAUAUCUCUAUCAAUCAAAAAAUUCUCAAAUACAUUUUGUAUAUACAGUCUAAAGAUGAGAGAUCUCUCGUCAAACAGGCUUUUUUAAUGCCAUUCGACUUACACUAUAAUGGCAAAAAUAGCUUCCACUCUCAUUUAAUGAAUAUGUCAAAAUACUUCAAGCUUACUGACUUUAAAAAUGAUUUUUUAGAUAUACCUAUGGUAAAAAGCUAUGUAAGUUCAAUGAAACAGGAAUAUAUCUCAUCUUGGCAAAACACCCUUCAACAUUCUCAAAAACUUGAAUUUUAUAGAUCUUUUAGAACCGAUCAUACCUCUUCUAAUGACUCUAACUAGCAUCAAUUCUUUGAUGUUUCGAACUCAUAUUUGCAUCGUCAACAGUACAUACGAAGUAGAAAGAAGGCACACUUCGGACGGCGAGCUUUGUACUAUAGUAAUAGCACUGCUACGACUCAGCUCUUACUGUUGACACUAUCUGGAAAUGUGGAGUCUAAUCCCAGCCCUCAAGGAAGUCAUAAUAACUCUUCUAAAACACUAUGUGCUUAUUAUGCUAAAGCCAUGAGACGGAAUCAAAAUGGCGUCCGCUGCUCGUCCUGUUUGGCAGUAUUCCAUAACAAAUGUACGAAAAUGAGCAAAAAUGAGCUGUCCUACUGCCGGAGAGAAGGGACCUGGAUUUGCUUUACUGGUAUGCCUCAGUUUUCUGAUAGCUUCUUUGACGAUCUGUCCCCUUCAACGGCCUACGAUUUAAGCUCCAAUGGCGAGGAUUUUGAGAUUGUAGAGGAACAUUCAGUGGACUCUGUUGACUGGUUUUCUAGGAACGUCAAUGGCUACUACAAGUCCAAUCUGAAAAUAGCUUACUUCAACGUCAACUCUUUACAACAUAAGCUUGACGAGGUGAAAAAUAUGCUUAACAAGAGCCUAUUUGACAUUCCUUUUAUUUCCGAGACAAAACUCGAUGGCACAACCUCAGAUAGUUUUCUCCAACAACCGUGAUAUCGCACUAUUCGACGUGGUCGUAAGAAAGGAGCUGGUGGUUUGAUAGCUUUUGUACGUGAAGAUCUUCCUGUCUGUCGACGACGUAAUCUGGAGCCUGAAUCAGUCGAAUCAUUAUGUUUAGAUUACAUGGAAGCAAGAAAGGCUCGCUCUAUAGUGUGUGCGUGCUACAGAUCACCUAAAUUCUGUCAAAUCACUGAUUUCUUGUCGUCGCUUACAUCAGCCACAGAGCUUAUGUACGAGAGCCGUCAGGAAAUAUUAUUUAUUGGUGAUUUUAAUAUCGACAAGCUCGUUAGGUAGCAUGGUGAUGAUCCAGAGAAUAACUCACUCAUGGACUUUUGCGAUAGGUUUUGUUUGCAAAACCAAAUAAGUGAACCGACUAGGGUGGCUGAAAAAACAAUGAGUUUACUUCACGUUAUUCUCGCUAGCCAUCCAGAACGAUACGCAACUUGUGGUAAUUUGCAUAUGGGACUCAGCGACCACGAUCUUGUUUAUGCAGUGCGAAAGAAUAAAUUACCAAGGGCUAAGGCACGUGUAAUUGAAUACAAAGUAUGCGACCAGAAAAAGUUGACAUGCAGACAGCUUUUUCUAGGAAAAUCAAAGGGUAGGCAAUAGAAAAACGAAAAUUAACAAUUGCAAAAAAGAAUUAAAGAAGUCUGUUACAAGUUUAGCUCAAAUGUGGGUAGUUGUAGCAGCAUUCUGACUCUCUUUUUUGUAGAAAGUACUCCAGGAUUGUGUUAAAAGGUAACGUGAAAGCCAGAUGAAAGUGUAGAAAAACAUGUGAGCUGUUGCUGUUGUUGUCCAAUCAGAAGCCAGUAUUUCACCUCUGCAGUAGACUUAGCAAGAAAAAUGCGACUCUGAUACAGGAUAGUUUUCCAAAUAGCCUCAGUAGGUGAUAAAUGAUCGGUAUGUCAGUACCCUACCCUGCAGAUUCUAAAAUAACUUUCAUUGUUAAAAUAGGGUCACUCUUUUUGGAUCCAGAGUAAUUUGAACCACUGAUUGAUUUAAUAUAAUAUAAUCUCUUACCCAGAUCUCACUCUGUUUUACACUUUUUUCCCUUGGCCGUGGGAGAUCUGGUUACGAGAUUAAAUAUAAUAAGGAAGCUUUCCUGCAGGAUUUUGAAUUGAUUGAUUACCUUUAUUGAACUUGCAUUAUUAAGUGUUAAUAUUUAAUUGAACAAGCACUUUAAGAAAUUUAAGAAACAUACAAUGAGACAAAAGCUAAGCUAAUGCUAACCACAAAUCUUUGCACCACUCUUGACGUCAUAACUCUCUCGCAAGGCUCCUUGGGUCGACUUUGAUGUACAUUUUAUUGCAUCAGUCUCUAAGGUCCAAAAAAUGCAUUUUUUGCACCAAAGGGUAAAAUAUAGGCCUACGACCAUUUUACAGUCUCUAGUCAGCUGACUGAAUUCGUUUCGUUCUGCAGUAAACGCAGAAUACCCUGCCACAUUGACUACGUGACUGAAAAAAAAAUGGCUACAUGGUAUGCGAAAUUAAUUCAAACGUGGCAUGCUUGUUUUACUUAAGGCCUUUUUUCAAAGAACGGAGAACUCACUUGCAUAACACGCGCGUUCACUUCGGGAAUUCACAAAAUUAAUGUCCAGUGCUGGCCACAAGAUCUCUACUUUCCUUUUUCAUCCUUAGUUCCAUACUUCUCAGAGGUUUGGAAGUGUGGAAAAGUCUGACAAACUCAGGAUAAUGUCACACUUUUCCCACAGGCACUAACCCCUUGUCAUUCUUGACUUAGUUCCACACUUCUCAGAGGUCUGGAAGUGUGGAAAAGUCUGACAAAGUCAGGAUAAUGUCACACUUUUCCCACAGGCACUAAUCUGUUGUCAUUACUUUGUCAGACUACUCCACACUUCCACACCUCUGAGAAGUGUGGGACUAAGUAAGAAGUGAAGAAACUCUGGAUUUCAUGGCCAGGGCUGGACAUGGCUCAACUUAGUCACUUUCUAUUUAUGCAUCUACCUUAUCAAUCUUUUAAAUAGCUCAUCCUAAAAGGAAUUGACCCAUUUUUUUAAAAUGACUGACGGCUUUACUUUUUACGUACAGUAGAAAGAUUGAGUUACUUUUGCUAACCGUUAAUGUAAAGAACUUUCUUACCCCAAAAAUCGGAAAAUGUGCGACCCUAUUCUAUGUACUCUCUUGAAAAUGCAGCCCCGUUAUAGUCAAUCCAGUCGUGAAAAUGCGACCCCAUCCAGCGGCACAUUCCCACUAGCCUCUUAUAAGGAAGUACCCCCCCCCACCCCUCCCCCCGGGGCCGCCUGUCCGUGUACCAGGGACCCUAUCUUCGUACUUUAACGGAUAGCUCAGUUUUCGUGCCGACACGAAAAGCUAUCCGAAAUAGUACGAAUACGUAUCCGAUAUGUAUCGCGCCGAAAUCCCCGUUGUAUGUGUAAACAGAAGCCUUAUCUAACUUAACCACACUACCUAACAACAGCUUUGCACGUGCAGCACACUUUUUUGUACAUUUCUUUAUCGUCACCGCACCACCACGACGUGAAAAUGUUUAUUUCCACUUCUCUUCACGGCGUAGACGCCUUCGUGAUGCACCGUCAUAAACUACGUCGUCUUCCAUCGGGUGGUCACAAGACAUGCGAACUUCAUUGAUGAUCUGGGGAAGUAACAGAGGCUUUUGGAGUGGCAUUCAUUCCGCCGGAUCCAUUGCUUGAUGUUAAUGUGUACUGCGGUGGUGUUACACUUGCUGUGUACUCUGGUGGGGGCUGUUGGAAGGGAUUGUUGACCGGUUGCGGGAGGUGAGAUGUGGUGCUUUCUGUCAAGGGCCCGAAAGGAACGUUGGAGAAAGCCAUUAAACGUUGUUGCCGUCUCCGGUGAUAAAUAUAGCCCAAGACUACGAUAGCAACAAGGCCAAUAAAUGCACAUGCUGCGGUAACAGCUAUGAUGAUGUUCAGAUUGCAUUUCGUGCCAUUUUUACACUUCUUACCACAGCAAACUUGACCACCAGAGCAGUCAAAGUUAUCAGUACAGCCUUGACCACUACAAUCUUUCCCUUGAACACACACAUCAUUACAGCAUGACUCAUCGAAACCACAUCCCGACUGCAGCACGCAGGAGCGACCGAUGCAAUUGUUGCCUUGAACGCAUCUGGAAUGACAGCAUACUGAGUUACUCGGACACUGAGUGUUGGAAGAGCAGUAAUCACCGAGGCAAGUUGUUGUUUCCAAGCGACAAAUCCCGACUGAAGUCUGUCUGCAACACUUUUCCGAAUAUCUGCAAUCGCUCGAGCCGGAACAGGAUUGACCAAUGCACUUCACGCCAGAAAUAAAUGCCCCCAAAACAAUCAACGUGCACAAUAUGAUAUUUUUCUUGUAAGAUAAACAGAGCAUCAUACCAACUCUUAGUAUUGCCAUCCUUUAGAUUUGCGAGUUCUCGGUUCUCGACUUCGCGUGAUGAAAUGUUGCCUCAGACGCUUUUACCACAGAAAAAUAUGUAAAUUUUAUAGGCUUUUUCUGACGUCAGAGCCUCCUGUAUCCGCCUUACUUACUUACAGAAAUAUAAACCACUUACUAGACUUAAUAAUGGCCUCAAUAAGCGAUAAAUGAUCGGUAAACCCUAUGACGUUGCCAAGAUAAUUCAUUGUUAAAAUAGGGUCACUCUUUUCGGAUCCAGUGUAACCUGAACCUUUGAUUGAUUUAAUAUUAUGCGAAAGCUGUACUGCAGAAUUUUCAAUUGAUUUAUUACCUUUAUUGAACUUGCAUAAAAUUUAACCAGCGCUAUCAGAAAUUUAAGGAAGUGAGUGAUAGUGAGACGUAAGAGGUCUUGACUUGACUAAUUUUAACCACAAAUCUUUGCACCACUUGUGACGUCAUAACUCUCUCGCGAGGCUCCUUGGGUCGACCGUGAUGUACAUUUACACUAUAUUGCAUCUUCAGUCUCUGGGGUCAAAAAAAUGCUUGUUUCACAAAAUUCUCCGCAGAGGGUAAAAUGUAGGCCUACGACUAUUUUACAGUCACUGGUCAGCUGACUGAAUUCGUUUCGCUUUUUUACAACUUUCUUUCUUGGCUGUAGAGUAACCGCAGAAUACCCUGCCACAUUGACUACGUGACUGAAAAACAGUGGCUACGCGGUAUGCGGAAUUAACUCAAGCGUGGCACGCCUGUUUUUCUUUUUUUCAAAGAACGAGGAAAUCACUUUUAUUUCUCACUUAAAGAAUGUAUUUUUGACAUUACAUGUUUCUCUUAUUGCGUACCCCCAGGGAGAGGGUACUUAGAUUAAUUUUUGCUGUGUAUGUGCCGCUAGCCUCUCAGAGCCCGUGUAGAUCCCAUUGUAGUCACUUCUGGGCAAAUGUAAUUUUCGCGAUGCCCACUUAGUCACUUUCUAUUUAUGCAUCUACCUUAUCAAUCUUUUAAAUAGCUCAUCCUAAAAAGAAUUGACCCACUUUUUUUUAAAAUGACUGAAGACUUUACUUUUUACGUACAGUAGAAAGAUUGAGUUACUUUUACUAACCUUUAAUGUAAAGAACUUUCUUACCCCAAAAAUCGGAAAAUGUGCGACCCUAUUCUAUUUACUCUCUUGAAAAUGCAACCCCAUUAUAGUCAAUCCAGUCGUGAAAAUGCGACCCCAUCCAGCGGCACAUCCCCACUAGCCUCUUAUAAGGAAGUACCCCCGGGGGGGGCGCCUGUUCGUAUACCAGUGACCUUAAGGACAUCUUCGUACUUUACCGGAUAGCUCGGUUUUCGUGCCGACACGAAAAGCUAUCCGGGAAAUUAUAAAUACCUAUCCGAUAUGUCAGUCUCCACUUAAGAGAUCGGCGCGGCGCUGCUUCGCACCGUUACGGAAAUCGCGCCGAAAUCAUCGUUCCAUGUGUGAACAGAAGCCCUAUCUAACAACAACACUACUAGCCUGCGUAGCAAGCGUUUUCAAUCGAGUUAUUGCGCGAAAGGUAGAGCGGGAGCUAAAAGCAAAUGGAAAGGCGAAGGGGAGGGAGAAAAGGAAACCUUCUCUCCCCUCCCCUCCCCCGUCAUUCCUUUUUUCAGGGUUCCUACAGGUCAUGGAAAACCAACAACAACGACAACAAAACUUUAUUAAUAAACAAAUAAAAUUACACACUAAAGAAACACAGAAUUAAACAAAUAAAUUGUAAAAGUAGAAACUAAUAAGCAAGAUUUUUGUUUUUUGACAUGUUUGACUAAUUGAACGUCAGUGAUUUUCUUCAGUUGAUUCUUUAGAUGUUGAAUUUCUUUUCCUAACGCUUGGUUUUCUUUUCUUAGUUUCUCAGUUCCGGUCAUAGUUGAGUAAAAGUUAAAAGAUUUAGAAGAAAUUUAGUAAGAAGCCCAGAGUGAUCGAGAACACGCCCGACUAGUACGCUCUCGGUACCAGUUUUCUCUGGGAAGUCACGAAAUUUAAGAAAGGCAUGGAAAAUUAAGGCUAUGUUUGGGAGAUUAGUCACUGCAGAUAUUAAAGCAAGGACAAUGUAAGAUAGAGACGAGUGAUUAAACAUUGCAAAUGGUACGCAUUUUAGUGGACACCAGAGUUUGUCUGUUGUGCUGAGUUAGGGCAAAAAAAUACGCUAAAACAAGGAAAAUUUUGAGACGCGUUCGAAUGUUGUUGAAGUGAGGGGAUUUAGAUCUGUGACUCGGGAUGCUACUAAAUCGCGAAAAGGCGGUUGGGAUUCCCGCGGAAUAGUCUUACUUUAAAAAUGCAUUUCAUGACUGGAUUUCAAUUGUCAAAAAGACCUGCAAUUUCCUAUGGUUCAAGAUUGACAAAGACUAUGCCAAAACCGUCAAAGAUAUCUAUACGUGUGGCCUUUAUAUACCUCCAUGUAAUUCACCGUAUUUCAAGUAGAAUUAUUUGAAGAACUUGAAAAUGACAUCGAAAUAUUUUCUUCCCAAGGCUCAAUUCUCCUUAUGGGUGACUUGAACGCUAGAACAGGAAAGUAUUCAGACAGUGUUUGUAAAGCGGGAAAUAACCUCAUUACAAACGACCAAUCAGAAUUCUCUCUUUGCCCAACCCAGAGAAAUAGUUUUGAUAACGAAUUAAACAGUCGUUUGAAAAGGCAUGAAUUACGAAAACUAGCAGACAAGAAUCAUCAAGACCCUUUGAAUACUAUGUCAAACGUGAGCAAUACCAUGAUACUCUGGCCCAAUACAAGAAAUUACUUAAUUCUAAACAGAAUGAUUAUUACAAUGCCUAGAUUUCUGAGCUAGAAAAAACUGGAGACAAUUCAGACGCGAAAACUUUCUGGCAAUGCCUCAAAUCGACAGACGACACUAGAAAAGGAGAGGAUGUUCUAUCAAUCUCGGAAGAAAAUUGGCUACAAUAUUUCCACAAUCUUCAUUCAAAUGAACCUCUUAACCCAGCGCAGCAAAACAUUUGCAAUGAGCUACGACAAAAUGAAUGCCAUGGUUAACACUCUCGUCCUUUAGAUUUCAUGAUAACUGAAAGAGAAAUACGUAAAGCUGCAAAAAAGUUAAAGAAUAAUAAAUCACCAUUUUCGGAUAAAAUUAGAAAUGAAAUGAUAAAAGCUAGUAUUGAUACACUGAUGCCCGUAUAUGAAAAACUAUUUAAUUCAAUUCUUAACCAAGGGACCAUGCCACAGACUUGGUGUGGUGGUCUUGUUACUCCCAUUUAUAAAUCGGGCGGACGAAGCGAUCAGGCAAACUACCGGCGUAUCUGUGUCUCCAGCUGCCUGGGAAAACUAUUUUGUUCCAUCUUAAGCCAACGACUUUUCAAGUAUAUCGUUUCUUUGAAUAUACUCCACAAAUCUCAAAUUGGCUUUUUACCGGAUAACCACACAGCAGACCACGUCUUCACUCUCCGAACCUUGAUAGAUAAGUACGUUCAUAAUCACAACGAAAAGAUCUAUGCUUGUUUUGUAGAUUUCAAAGACGCUUUUGACUCGGUCUGGCAUGACGGGCUCUUGAAUAAGCUGCUGCAAAUUGAUGUAGGUGGUUCUUUUUAUAACUUAAUUAAAAACUUAUAUCACAACUCUUCCUGCUCGAUUAAAAUUGCCCCAAAACAAACGCGAUCAUUCCGUUAUGCGAGAGGUGUGCGGCAAGGCUGUAUCUUAAGUCCACUGCUUUUUAAUCUUUACAUUAACGACCUACCUUUCGCAUCUGAAAAUACAUUAUCUGAUCGUUUUGUUUUGCCAAACGGUGCAAAACUAAAUUUUCGAUUAUAUGCAGACGAUUUAAUCAUUUUAUCACGAUCCAAAACAGGACUACAAAAUUGCCUCGAUAAACUAUCUUCAUUCAAUUCUGUACUUCAUGGAUGAUGAAAAUCAAUCCCAUGAAAACAAGAAUUAUGGUUUUUCAGAAACGUGCGAGAAAAAAUGCUGAUUUUCACUUUCUCAUAGAUAGUCAAAUAAUUGAUGUUGUACAAGAGUACACUUACUUAGGAACUCGAAUGUCCUCAUCGGGAAAUUUUUCAGUGUCACGUGAACAUCGCAAGGAGAAAGCUCUUCAUGCCCUCUUAAGCUUGAGACGACACACGAAUCUUAGCAAACUAAAAGCAGCUCUCGCCUAUAAAAUAUUUGAUACUAUGAUCUCCCCUAUUCUAACAUAUAACAGUGAAAUUUGGCGUGUGUAUCCCAAACGAGAUUUUAAGACCAGGGAAGGCUCACAAAUCUAGAAGGCACACCUUCAAUUUUGUAAGCGAUACUCGGAGGUAAACAACAAAGCCUGUAAUAUAGCUUGUAGAGCACAAAACAAGCAUUUUUAUUGUCAUUCGACUUACACUAUAAUGGCAAAAAUAGCUUCCACUCUCAUUUAAUGAAUAUGUCAGAAUACUUUAAGCUUUCUGACUUUAACCCUGAUUUAUUAGAUACAGCUAUGGUAAAAAGCUAUGUAAGUUCAAUGAAACAGGAAUAUAUCUCAUAUUGGCAAAACACCCUUCAACAUUCUCAAAAACUUGAAUUUUAUAGAUCUUUUAAAACCGAUCAUACCUUCUCUAGUUACUUAGACUUAACAAGAGGAACAGCUGGGAGAAGGGCUUUAGUAAAACUACGAAUAAGAAAUCACAAACUAAUGAUAGAAAUAGGCAGCUACAAUCAACCUACGAAGGAUGAUAGGCAUUGCCCUUUUUGUAGAUGCAAUGUAAUAGAAGACGAAGUUCACUUUCUUUUCCAGUGUCCUACAUACUCUAUGAUUAGGAAUAAAUUUUACGAUAAAGUCAAGACUCUGAUUCCAGAUAUUACCCAGUUACCUAUAAACGGUUUGAUCAAUGAACUGAUGAACUCUUCUUAUUAUUUUAUCAAUAUACAAUUCAUAAAACAUAUUUCAGCUUGUUUUGAUGUUCGUAACAAAUUAUUAUCAAAGUAACGUAAUUGCCCUGUGUUGUAAUUUUGAUUCCUAAACAUAGCUUUUGCAAUACUGUAUGUGCUUUUAUGGUCAUGCAAAUAAAGUUCGUCGUUGUUGGUGGUGUUGAGAAAUAUUUAACGUGGCAGCUAAACAUAAGGUCAUCGAAAACUUGGAAAGUUCAUGGAAAAAGUCAUUAAAAGUCAUGAAUUUGAAGAGUUCAAAAGAGUAUGAACCCUGUUUUUUGCUCUUGCCCUAAGUUUCUCGACAAACUCGCGUGGAAACGCUUGCUAUGCAGACUACAACACUACCUGACAACAGCUUUGCACGUACAGCACACUUUUUUGUACAUUUUUUUUGUCGUCACCGCACCACCACGACAUGAUUAAGCUACGGUCAAAUUUUCCUUCUCUUUACGGCGUGGACGCCAAAUUUUUCUUCUCUUUAAGGCCUUUAGAUAUGUUCCUUAGGAAUUCAACUCCAGUAGAUUUCGCCAACAUUUGACAAAGAAAGUGAAAUGAAAUAAUUGAGAUGAAGAUCGAAAAAAUGCUAAUGCACUUUUUAAGCGACGUUUUCGUCGCCGUUGCCGUCGCCGUCGCCGUCCUCGGUUCUUAAGUCCCUAGUAAGUAAAUUAGGACGCCGUCGUAAUAAACCGUCAUAAACUGAGUCGUAUUCCAUCGGGUGAUCACAAGACAGGCAAACUUCAUUGAUGAUGUGGGGAAGUAACAGAGGCUUUUGGAGUGGCAUUCAUUCCGUCGGAUCCAUUGCUUGUUGUUAAUGUGUACUGCAGUGGUGUUGCACUUGCUGUGUACCCUGGUGGGGGCUGUUGGAAGGGAUUGUUAACCGGUACGAGUAUGUUACAACGGCUCCGCCGCCUAAUCUCACUCGACUACUACACAAUACCGCCAGCUACGCAGGCUAGGUUGUGGGAAGUGAGAUGUGGUGCUUUCUGUUAAGUGCCCGAAAGGAACGUUGGAGAAUGCCAUUAAACGUUGUUGCCGUCUCGGGUGACAAAAAUAGCCGCAGACUACGAUAACAACAAUGACAAUAAACGCACAUGCUGCGGUAACAGGUAUGAUGAUGUUCAGAUUGCAUUUCGUGCCAUUUUGACACUUUUUAUCACAGCACGCUUGACCACCAGAGCAGUCAAAGUCAUAAGUACAGCCUUGACCACUACAAUCUUUCCCGUAAACACACAAAUCAUUACAGAAUGAUUCAUCGAAACCACAUCCCGACUGCAGCACGCAGGAGCGACCGAUGCAACUUUUGCCUGGAACGCAUCUGCUACCACAGCAUACCGAGUUACGCGGACACUGAGUGUUGAAAGAGCAGUAAUCAGGGGCACCCAACGAGAAUAUAGUUCAAAACUACUUAAUCAUAGCAUUGUAAACGUAUUUUAGUAUUUAAACGGUAUAUAUAGACAUAUUUUUAUCCCCUAAAAAUUUUUCAUCUGUUUGGAUUUCCUAGCUGAAAGUCUAGUGAUCCGAAAAUCUUACCUUUUAGAAAAUUUCAGCCAGAAAAAAGGCUCCCGAACAUUCUAGGUGACCUUUUUAGGGUAAAAAUGGGCAAUUAUACCAUUUUUUAGAUGUUCGAAAAUCCUGGGAGAGGCAGGCUAGCAAGAAAUUUGACAAAAAAUGAUCCGAAAAUUCUAGAUCUCAAAUCGUCUUCCGAACAGUUAUUUUCCUCAAAUUGACGUUGGGUGCCCCUGAGUAAUCACCGAGGCAAGGUGUUGUUUUGAAGUGACAAAUCCCGAUUGAAGUCUGUCUGCAGCACUUUCUCCGGAAUAUCCGCAAUCGCUUGAGCUGGAACAGGAUUCACCGACGCACUUCACGCCAGAAAUAAAUGUUCCCAAAAUAAUCUAUUAAGUACAAAAUAUGACAUUUUCUUGUAAGAUAAACAGAGCACCAUACCAACUCCUAGUAAUGCCAUCCUUUAGAUUUGCGAGUUCUCGGCUCUCAACUUCGCGUGGUCAAAUGUUUUUGCAGACGCAUUUAUCCCACAAUAUAAAUUUUAUAGGCUUUCCUGACGUCAGAGCGACCUGUAUCCGCCUUCCAUAUUUCCAGAAAAGUAAACCACUUUUCAAGACAAAGAACAGACCUCACUACCGGCUUUUUAUUUAGUAUUUUACAGAAUAGUUGUUGGGAUUGAUCUCAGACACUUAACCUCUAUUCUUUUUUUUUUUCAAUUGAUGCGAAAAAUCCCAUUAUUCUUCGAAAGAGACAAAAACAAAAUGAAAUUGUUAGAGCGUUAAACCUCCCCGCAUUGAGUGAUUCUCACAGUAACAUGAAGUCUAUGAGUCAGCAAAUUGCCAUCGUUUCCAUGUCAACCAUUACCCGGUAUUGAAAGAACGGGUUUUGAUAUAGCUACAGGCCUAAUUCCUGAUAUUGCUAUGGCGGAAUCAUUUCAGCUGCUUGCAAAUAUCAUCGAUGGCAUGCUUGGUUUGCUCUAGGGCCUUUAUUGUAAGGAACGAGGAUAUCACAACUAGACGCGCGUUCAUUUUGGAAAUUUAUUUCUCACUUAGGGAAUACAUGUAUUUCUUGAAGUUAUUACUUAUUGCGUACCGCUUACCAUGUAGCUACCAGGGACCUUAAGGCUAUGUUCAUACUAUGUUGGAUAGUUCAGUUUUCGUGCCGACACCAAAAGCUAUCCAGUAUAGCAUGAACACUUAUCCUUUAUGUGACUGUACUUUAAAGAUCGGCCCGGCGCUGCUUUGCUCCGUUACAGAAAUUGUGCCGUUCUUUCUGUGUUCAUAAGCCCUGUCUGGUAAAGUUUUAUGCCGGCUAAGAAGCUAUCCGGUAAAGUGGACACAGCCUGAAAUCGGGCGACAACGAUGGCGACGAGAACGCGUCAGAAAAUCAAUGGGUUCUGAAAAAAACAACAACAACAGCAGCGUUGCACGUGCAGCACACUUUCUUUCUUCUACGUUUCUUUGCCGUCAACGCACGACCACGACGGGAAAAUGUCCAUUUUCAGGUUUUAUAAAGGACAAAAACAAGCGAAGACCAGAUUUUCCUUCUCUUUAUGGCCUUUAGAUAUGUUCCUAAGGAAUUCAACUCCAGUAGAUUUCGCCUACAUUUGGCACAGAAAGUGAAAUGGAAUAAUUGAAAUGAAGAUCGAAAAAAUGCUAAUUCACUUUUUAAGCGACGUUUUCGUCGCCGUUGCCGUCGCCGUCCUCGGUUCUUAAGUCCCUAGUAAGUAAAUUAGGACGCCGUUGUAAUGAACCGUCGUAAACUGAGUCGUAUUCCAUCGGGUGAUCACAAGACAGGCAAACUUCAUUGAUGAUGUGGGGAAGUAACAGAGGCUUUUGGAGUGGCAUUCAUUCCGCCGGAUCCAUUGCUUGAUGUUAAUGUGUACUGCGGCGGUGUUGCACUUGCUGUGUACUCUGGUGGGGGCUGUUGGAAGGUAUUAUUGACCGGUUGCGGGAGGUGAGGUGUGGUGCUUUCUUCUAAGUGCCCAAAAGGAACGUUGGAGAAUGCCAUUAAACGUUGUUGCCGCCUCCGGUUAUAAAAAUAGCCGAAGAUUACGAUAACAGCAAUGACAGUAACUACACAUGCUGCGGUAACUCCUAUGAUGAUGUAUAGAUUGCAAUCUGAACCUUGACAAGUCCCACUACAACAGCUUUCUGAAAUUUGACAAUCGUUACUCUUCGAACAGGACUGAGCGAUGCAAUUCGUGCCAUUUUUACACUUCUGACCACAGCAAACUUGACCACCAGAGCAGUCAAAGUUAUCAGUACAGCCUUGACCACUACAAUCUUUCCCUUGAACACACACAUCAUUACAGCAUGAUUCAUCGAGACCACAUUCCGACUGCAGCACGCAGGAGCGACCGAUGCAACUGUUGCCUGGAACGCAUCUGAGAUCACAGCAUACCGAGUUACUCGGACACUGAGUGUUGGAAGAGCAGUAAUCACCGAGGCAAGGUGUUGUUUCGAAGUGACAACUCCCAACUGAAGUCUGUCUGCAACACUUUUCCGAAUAUCCGCAAUCGCUCGAGCUGGAACAGGAUUGACCGAUGCACUUCACGCCAGAAAUAAAUGCCCCCAAAACAAUCAACGUACGCAAUAUGUCAUUUUUCUUGUAAGAUAAACAGAGAACCAUACCAACUCUUAGUAAUGCCAUCCUUUAGAUUUGCGAGUUCUCGACUCUCGACUUCGCGUGAUAAAAUGUUGUCUCAGACGGUUUUAUCCCAGAAAAAUAUAUAAAUUUAAUAGGCGUUUCCUUACGUCAGAUCCCCCUGUAUCUGCCUUACUUACUUACAGAAAUAUAAACCACUUUUUAAUGGCCUCAAUAAGCGAUAAAUGAUCGGUAAACUCUAUGACGUUGCCAAGAUAAUUCAUGGUUAAAAUAGGGUCACUCUUUUCGGAUCCAGUUUAACUUGAACCACUGAUUGAUUUAAUAUAGUGCGGAAGCUGUACUGCAGAAUUUUCAAUUGAUUUAUUACCUGUAUUGAACUUGCAUAAAAUUUAACAAGCGCUAUCAGAAAUUUAAGGAAGUGAGUGACAGUGAGACUUUAAGAGCUCUUGACUUGACUAAUUUUAACCACAAAUCUUGAUUGGUUUAAUAUAAUGCGGAAGCUGUACUGCAGUAUUUUCAAUUGAUUUAUUACCUGUAUUGAACUUCCGUAAAAUUUAACAAGCGCUAUCAGAAAUUUAAGGACGUGAGUGACAGUGAGACGUAAGAGCUCUUGACUGGAGUAAUUUUAACCACAAAUCUUUUAAUUGACCCAUUUUUUUAAAUUGACUGAAAACUUAACUUUUUACCUACAGCAGAAACAUCGCGACAUAAUUGACCAAUCAGAUCAAUAACCAGAGUAUAAUACCAUCAACUGACGUGAUACAACUCACUUUGAUUCUGACGAUGACUACCGUACAGGUUGUCGAAACGUGAGUUACUGUCAACAACAGUCCUAUUCAGGACUACGUUCACCCGGACGAUCAAACUCAACCUACUUUUGAAAACUUUAUUAAUAACCAAAUAAAAUUACAGACUGGAGAAACACAGAAUUAAACAAAUAAAUUGUAAAAGUAGAAACUAAUAAGCAAGGUUUUUGGUUUUUGAUAUAAUGACUAAUUGAACGUUAGUGAUUUGCUUCAGUUGAUUCUCUAGAUCUUAAAAUUUCUUUUCGUAACGCUUUGUUUUCUUUCCUUAGUUUCUCAGUUCCGGCCAUAGUUGAGUAAAAGUUAAAAGAUUUAGAAGAAAUUUAGCAAGAAGCCCACAGUGAUCGAAAACACGCCCGACUAGUACGCUCUCGGUACCAGUUUUCUCUGGGAAGUCAUGAAAUUUAAGAAUUUCAUUUUCCAGGCGUGGAAAGUCAUGGAAACUUAAGGCUAUGUUUGGGAGACUAGUCACUGCAGAUACUAAUGCUAGUAAAAUGUAAGAUAGAGACGACUGAUUAAACAUUGCAAAUUGUACGCAUUUUAGUGGACACCAGAGUUUGUCUGUUGUGCUGAGUUAGGGCAAAAAUACCGUAAAACAAGGAAGAUUUUGAGACGCGUUCGAAUGUUGUUGAAGUGAGGGGAUUCAGAUCUGUGACUCAGGAUGCUACUCAAUCGCGAAAAGGCGGUCGGGAUUCCGGCGGAAUAGUCUUACCUUUUUAAAAUACAUUUCAUGACUGGAUUUCAAUUGUCAAAAAGACCUGCAAUUUCCUAUGGUUCAAGAUUGACAAAGACUAUGCCAAAACCGUCAAAGAUAUCUAUCUAUACGUGUGGCCUUUAUAUACAUCAGUGUAAUUCACCGUAUUUCAAUGUAGAAUUAUUUGAAGAAGAGAGUUUAUGGGUGACUUGAACGCUAGAACUGGAAAGUAUUCCGACAGUGUUUGUAAAGAGGGAAUAACCUCAUUACAAACGACCAAUCAGAAUUCUCUCUCUGCCCAACCCAGAGAAAUCGUUUUGUUAACGAAUUAAACAGUCACGUUAAAAGGCUCCUUGAAAUUGUAAAAGUGCAGACCUUAGGAUUCUACAGGGAAGAGUCAGUGGUGAUACCCUAGGAAGAGUAACGUUUCAUGGAAAAAACGGAGUGAGUGUAGUUGACUACGUAGUGUGUGACCAGGGUCUUUUAUCACACGUUGUAAAUUUUGUAGUCAAAGGUCCACUGCAUUUGUUAGACCAUAGCCCUAUUACUACUUGGCUGAAUAUCAGGGGCGGAUCCAGGAUUUUUCUUAGGAGGGGGUGCGCCACUAACUGACUGAUGACGUAAAAAAUUUUAAAAGCAAAUACGAAGAGGGCUUUUGACUAGGACAUAACAUAAUGUGAACUGCUGAGAAUACAUAUCAAACGAUAGAGCAGAUUUUGUAUGUCUGUGAAGCGACUGCACAGUGUUGAUUAGAAAGUGGCCGCAGGUCAUCCCAGGGGGGGGGGGGUGCGCACCCCUGCACCCUCCCCCUGGAUCCGCCCCUGAAUAUUAACAAAAAGACGAGUUACAAUCCCACCACACUUGAAGGAGAUACUUCAACGCGUUUACCGAAACAAUUUCUUUGGGAAAACGACUCCGCUCAAAAACUCAAGGACGCUCUGAGGUCUCCCUGUAUACAAACACUAAUACGCGAUUAUAUUGCCGGCGACACAUUCAAUGAAAAUACUGAGCUAUCCUUCGAAAAGGUGGAAAACAUUUUAAUCACAACGGCUAAGUAUUGUUUAAAGAUAAGAGCAGGUAAAACGUGUAAGCGUAUCAAAUCAUUAUCAAACAAAAAAUGUUUCGAUAAAGAAUGUCGUUUGAAAAGGCAUGAAUUACGAAAACUAGAAACAUCAAGACCCUUUUAAUACUAUACCAUACGUGAGCAAUACCAUGAUACUCUGGCCCAAUACAAGAAAUUACUUAAUUCUAAAAAGAAUGAUUAUUACAAUGCCAAGAUUUCUGAGCUAGAAAAAACUGGAGACAAUUCAGACGCGAAAACUUUCUGGCAAUGCCUCAAAUCGACGGACGACACUAGAAAAGGAGAGGAUGUUCCAUCAAUCUCGGAAGAAAAUUGGCUACAAUAUUUCCACAAUCUUCAUUCAAAUGAACCUCUUAACCCAGCACAGCAAGACAUUUACAAUGAGCUACGACAAAAUGAAUGCCAUGGUCAACACUCUCGUACUUUAGAUUUCAUGAUAACUGAAAGAGAAAUGCGUAAAGCUGCGAAAAAGUUAAAGAAUAAUAAAUCACCAUUUUCGGAUAAAAUUAGAAAUGAAAUGAUGAAAGCUAGUAUUGAUACACUGAUGCCCGUAUAUGAAAAACUAUUUAAUUCAAUUCUUAACCAAGGGACCAUGCCACAGACUUGUUGUGGUGGUCUUGUUACUCCCAUUUAUAAAUCGGGCGGAAGAAGCGAUCCGGCAAACUACCGGCGUAUCUGUGUCUCCAGCUGCCUGGGAAAACUAUUUUGUUCUAUCUUGAACCAACGACUUUUCGAGUAUAUCGUUUCUGUGAAUAUACUCCACAAAUCUCAAAUUGGCCUUUUACCGAAUAACCGCACAGCAGACCACGUCUUCACUCUCCGAACCUUGAUAGAUAAGUACGUUCAUAAUCACAACGAAAAGAUCUAUGCUUGUUUUGUAGAUUUCAAAGACCCUUUUGACUCGGUCUGGCAUGACGGGCUCUUGAAUAAGCUGCUGCAAAUUGAUGGAGGUGGUUCUUUUUAUAACUAAGUUAAAAACUUAUAUCACAACUCUUCCUGCUCGAUUAAAAUUGCCCCAAAACAAACGCGAUCAUUCCGUAAUGCGAGAGGUGUGCGGCAAGGCUGUAUCUUAAGUCCACUGCUUUUUAAUCUUUAUAUUAACGACCUACCUUUCGCAUUUGAAAAUAUAUUAUUUGAUCCUUUUGCUUUGCCAAACGGUGCAAAACUAAAUUCUCAUAUAUAUGCAGACUAUUUAAUCAUUUUAUCACGAUCCACAACAGGACUACAAGAUUGCCUCGAUAAACUAUCUUCAUUCUGUACUUCAUAGAUGAUGAAAAUCAAUCCCAAGAAAACAAGAAUUAUGGUUUUUCAGAAACGUGCGAGAAAAAAUGAUGAUUUUCACUUUCUCAUAGAUAGUCAAAUAAUUGAUGUUGUACAAGAGUACACUUACUUAGGAACUCGAAUGUCCUCAUUGGGAAAUUCGUCAGUCACGUGAACAUCUCGAGGAGAAAGCUCUUCAUGCCCUCUUCAGCUUGAGACGACACACGAAUCUUAGCAAACUAAAAGCAGCUCUCGCACAAGAAGGCACACCUUCAAUUUUGUAAGCGAUACUCGGAGGUAAACAACAAAGCCUCUAAUAUAGCUUGUAGAGCAGAGCUUGGUCGUUUUCCUUUAAAUAUCACUAUCAAUCAAAAAAUUCUCAAAUACAUUUUGUAUAUACAGUCUAAAGAUGAGGAAUCUCUCGUCAAGCAAGCGUUUUUAUUGUCAUUCGACUUACACUGUAAUGGCAAAAAUAGUUUCCACUCUCAUUUUAUGAAUAUAUCACAACACUUUAAGCUUCCUGACUUUAACCCUGAUUUAUUAGAUAUAGCUAUGGUAAAAAGCUAUGUAAGUUCAAUGAAACAGGAAUAUAUCUCAUAUUGGCAAAACACCCCUCAACAUUCUCAAAAACUUGAAUUUUGUAGAUCUUUUAAAACCGAUCAUACCUCCUCUAGUUACUUAGACUUAAGAAGAGGAACAGCUGGGAGAAGGGCUUUAGUAAAACUACGAAGGAUAAUAGGCAUUGCCGUUUUUGUAGAUGCAAUGUAAUAGAAGACGAAGUUCACUUUCUUUUCCAGUGUCCUACAUACUCUAUGAUUAGGAAUAAAUUUUACUAUAAAGUCAAGAGUCUAAUUCCAGAUAUUACCCAGUUACCUAUAAACGGUUUGAUCAAUGAACUGAUGAACUCUUCUUAUUACUUUAUCAAUAUACAAUUCAUAAAAUAUAUUUUAGCUUGUUUUGAUGUUCGUAACAAAUUAUUAUCAAAGUAACGUAAUUGCCCUGUGUUGUAAUGUUGAUUCCUAAACAUAGCUUUUGCAAUACUGUAUGUGCUUGUAUGCAUGCAAAUAAAGCUCGUUGUUGUUGUUGAGAAAUAUUUAACGUGGCAGCUAAACCUAAGGUCAUGGAAAAAGUGGAAAGUUCAUGGAAAAAGUCAUGGAAAGUCAUGAAUUUGAAAAUCUCGAAAGAGUAUGAACCCUGUUUUUUGCUCUUGCCCCAACUUUCUCAACAAACUCGCGUGGAAACGCUUGCUAUGCUUACUACAACACUACCUAACAAAAGCUUCGCACGUGCAGCACACUUUUUUGUACAUUUUUUUAUCGUUACCGCUCCACCACGACGUGAAAAUGUUUAUUUUCACGAUUUAUGGAGGACAUGAUUAAGCGACGGUCAAAUUUUCCUUCUCUUUACGGCGUGGACGACAAAUUUUCCUUCUCUUUAUGGCCUUUAGAUAUGUUCCUUAGGAAUUCAACUCCAGUAGAUUUCGCCUACAUUUGACAAAGAAAGUGAAAUGGAAUAAUUGAGAUGAAGAUCGAAAAAAUGCUAAUUCACUUUUUAAGCGACGUUUUCGUCGCCGUUGUCGUCGCCGUCCUCGGUUCUUAAGUCCCUAGUAAGUAAAUUAGGACGCCGUUGUAAUGAACCGUCGUAAACUGAGUCGUAUUCCAUCCGGUGAUCACAAGACAGGCAAACUUCAUUGAUGAUGUCGGGAAGUAACAGAGGCUUUUGGAGUGGCAUUCAUUCCGCCGGAUCCAUUGCUUGAUGUUAAUGUGUACUGCGGUGGUGUUGCACUUGCUGUAUACUCUUGUGGGUGCUAAUGGAAGGGAUUGGUGAUCCGUUGCGGGAGGUGAGAUGUGGUGCUUUCAGUUAAGUGCCCGAAAGGAACGUUGGAGAAUGCCAUUAAACGUUGUUUCCGCCUCCGGUGAUAAAAAUAGCUGCAGACUACGAUAACGACAAUGACAAUAAACGCACAUGCUGCGGUAACAGGUAUGAUGAUGUUCAGAUUGCAUUUCGUGCCAUUUUGACACUUUUUACCACAGCACGCUUGACCACCAGAGCAGUCAAAGUCAUAAGUACAGCUUUGACCACUACAAUUUUUCCCAUAAACACACAAAUCAUUACAGAAUGAUUCAUCGAAACCACAUCCCGACUGCAGCACGCAGGAGCGACCGAUGCAACUUUUGCCUGGAACGCAUCUGCUACCACAGCAUACCGAGUUACGCGGACACUGAGUGUUGAAAGAGCAGUAAUCAGGGGCACCCAACGAGAAUAUAGUUCAAAACUACUUAAUCAUAGCAUUGUAAACGUAUUUUAGUAUUUAAACGGUAUAUAUAGACAUAUUUUUAUCCCCUAAAAAUUUUUCAUCUGUUUGGAUUUCCUAGCUGAAAGUGUAGUGAUCCGAAAAUCUUACCUUUUAGAAAAUUUCAGCCAGAAAAAAGGCUCCCGAACAUUCUAGGUGACCUUUUUAGGGUAAAAAUGGGCAAUUAUACCAUUUUUUAGAUGUUCGAAAAUCCUGGGAGAGGCAGGCUAGCAAGAAAUUUUACAAAAAAUGUUCCGAAAAUUCUAGAUCUCAAAUCGUCUUCCGAACAGUUAUUUUUCUCAAAUUGACGUUGGGUGCCCCUGAGUAAUCACCGAGGCAAGGUGUUGUUUUGAAGUGACAAAUCCCGAUUGAAGUCUGUCUGCAGCACUUUCUCCGGAAUAUCCGCAAUGGCUUGAGCUGGAACAGGAUUUACCGAUGCACUUCACGCCAGAAAUAAAUGCUCCCAAAAUAAUCUAUUAAGUACACAAUAUGACAUUUUCUUGUAAGAUAAACAGAGCACCAUACCAACUCCUAGUAAUGCCAUCCUUUAGAUUUGCGAGUUCUCGGCUCUCAACUUCGCGUGGUCAAAUGUUUUUGCAGACGCAUUUAUCCCAGAAUAUAAAUUUGAUAGGCUUUUUCUGACGUCAGAGCGACCUGUAUCCGCCUUCCAUAUUUCCAGAAAAGUAAACCACUUUUCAAGACAAAGUACAGACCUCACUACCGGCUUUUUAUUUAGUAUUUUACAGAAUAGUUGUUGGGAUUGAUCUCAGACAGUUAACCUCUAUUCUUUUUUUUUUUCAAUUGAUGCGAAAAAUCCCAUUAUUCUUCGAAAGAGACAAAAACAAAAUGAAAUUGUUAGAGCGUUAAACCUCCCCGCAUUGAGUGAUUUUCACAGUAACAUGAAGUCUAUGAGUCAGCAAAUUGCCAUCGUUUCCAUGUCAACCAUUACCCGGUAUUGAAAGAACGGGUUUUGAUAUAGCUACAGGCCUAAUUCCUGAUAUUGCUAUGGCGGAAUCAUUUCAGCUGCUUGCAAAUAUCAUCGAUGGCAUGCUUGGUUUGCUUUAGGGCCUUUAUUGUAAGGAACGAGGAUAUCACAACUAGACGCGCGUUCAUUUUGGGAAUUUAUUUCUCACUUAGGGAAUACAUGUAUUUCUUGACGUUAUUACUUACAGCGUACCGUUUACCAUGUAGCUACCAGGGACCUUAAGGCUAUGUUCAUACUGUGUUGGAUAGUUCAGUUUUCGUGCCGACACCAAAAGCUAUCCAGUAUAGCAUGAACACUUAUCCUUUAUGUGACUGUACUUUAAAGAUCGGCCCGGCGCUGCUUCGCUCCGUUACAGAAAUUGUGCCGUUCUUUCUGUGUUCAUAAGCCCUGUCUGGUAAAGUUUUAUGCCGGCUAAGAAGCUAUCCGGUAAAGUGGACACAGCCUGAAAUCGGACGACAGCGACAGCGACGAGAAGGGGUCAGAAAAUCAAUGGGUUCUGAAAAAACAACAACAGCAGCAGCGUUGCACGUGCAGCACACUUUCUUUCUUCUACAUUUCUUUGCCGUCAACGCACGACCACGACGGGAAAAUGUCUAUUUUCAGGUUUUAUAAAGGACAAAAACAAGCGAAGACCAAAUUUUCCUUCUCUUUCCUUAGCAAUUCAACUCCAGUAGAUUUCGCCUACAUUUGACACAGAAAAUGAAAUGGAAUAAUUGAAAUGAAGAUCGAAAAAAUGCUAAUUCACUUUUUAAGCGACGUUUUCGUCGCCGUUGCCGUCGCCGUCCUCGGUUCUUAAGUCCCUAGUAAGUAAAUUAGGACGCCGUUGUAAUGAACCGUCGUAAACUGAGUCGUAUUCCAUCGGGUGAUCACAAGACAGGCAAACUUCAUUGAUGAUGUGGGGAAGUAACAGAGGCUUUUGGAGUGGCAUUCAUUCCGCCGGAUCCAUUGCUUGUUGUUAAUGUGUACUGCGGCGGUGUUGCACUUGCUGUAUACUCUGGUGGGGGCUGUUGGAAGGUAUUAUUGACCGGUUGCGGGAGGUGAGGUGUGUUGCUUUCUUCUAAGUGCCCAAAAGGAACGUUGGAGAAUGCCAUUAAACGUUGUUGCCGCCUCCGGUUAUAAAAAUAGACGAAGAUUACGAUAACAACAAUGACAGUAACUACACAUGCUGCGGUAACUCCUAUGAUGAUGUAUAGAUUGCAAUCUGAACCUUGACAAGUCCCACUACAACAGCUUUCUGAAAUUUGACAAUCGCUACUCUUCGAACAGGACUGAGCGAUGCAAUUCGUGCCAUUUUUACACUUCUGACCACAGCAAACUUGGCCACCAGAGCAGUCAAAGUUAUCAGUACAGCCUUGACCACUACAAUCUUUCCCUUGAACACACAUAUCAUUACAGCAUGAUUCAUCGAGACCACAUUCCGACUGCAGCACGCAGGAGCGACCGAUGCAACUGUUGCCUGGAACGCAUCUGAGAUCACAGCAUACCGAGUUACUCGGACACUGAGUGUUGGAAGAGCAGUAAUCACCGAGGCAAGGUGUUGUUUCGAAGCGACAACUCCCAACUGAAGUCUGUCUGCAACACUUUUCCGAAUAUCCGCAAUCGCUCGAGCUGGAACAGGAUUGACCGAUGCACUUCACGCCAGAAAUAAAUGCCCCCAAAACAAUCAACGUACGCAAUAUGUCAUUUUUCUUGUAAGAUAAACAGAGAACCAUACCAACUCUUAGUAAUGCCAUCCUUUAGAUUUGCGAGUUCUCGCUUCUCGACUUCGCGUGAUCAAAUGUUGGUUGAGACGGUUUUUUCCCCCCAAAAUAUGUAUAUUUUAUAGGCGUUUUCUUACGUCAGAUCCCCCUGUAUCCGCCUUACUUACUUACGGAAAUAUAAACCAAUUUUUAAUGGCCUCAAUUAGCGAUAAAUUAUCGGUAAACCCUAUGACGUUGCCAAGAUGAUUCAUUGUUAAAAUAGGGUCACUCUUUUCGGAUCCAGUGUAACCUGAACCUCUGAUUGAUUUAAUAUUAUGCGAAAGCUGUACUGCAGAAUUUUCAAUUGAUUUAUUACCUUUAUUGAACUUGCAUAAAAUUUAACAAGCGCUAUCAGAAAUUUAAGGAAGUGAGUGAUAGUGAGACAUAAGAGGACUUGACUUGACUAAUUUUAACCACAAAUCUUUGCACCACUAGUGACGUCAUAACUCUCUCGCGAGGCUCCUUGGGUCGACCGUGAUGUACACUUUAUUGCAUCUUCAGUCUCGGCCUACGACUAUUUUACAGUCACUGGUCAGCUGACUGAAUUCGUUUCGGUUUUUUACAACUUUACCCUGCCACAUUGACUACGAGACUGAAAAACAGUGGCUACGCGGUAUGCGGAAUUAACUCAAGCGUGGCACGCCUUUUUUUCUUUUUUCAAAGAACGAGGAAAUCACUUUUAUUUCUCACUUAAAGAAUGUAUUUUUGACAUUACAUGUUUCUCUUAUUGCGUACCCCCAGGGAGAGGGUACUUAGAUUAAUUUUUGCUGUGUAUGUGCCGCUAGCCUCUCAGAGCCCGUGUAGAUCCCAUUGUAGUCACUUCUGGGCAAAUGUAAUUUUCGCGAUCCCCACUUAGUCACUUUCUAUUUAUGCAUCUACCCUAUCAAUCUUUUAAAUAGCUCAUCCUAAAAUGAAUUGACCCAUUUUUUUAAAAUGACUGAUGACUUUACUUUUUACGUACAGUAGAAAGAUUGAGUUACUUUUACUAACCGUUAAUGUAAAAAACUUUCUUACCCCAAAAAUCCGAAAAUGUGCGACCCUAUUCUAUAUACUCCCUUGAAAAUGCAGCCCCAUUAUAGUCAAUCCAGUCGUGAAAAUGCGACCCAAUCCAGCGGCACAUCCCCACUAGCCUCUUAUAAGGAGGUACCUCCCGCCCGAGCGGGGGGCGCCUGUUCCUAUACCAGGGACCUUAAGGACAUCUUCGUACUUUACGGAUAGCUCGGUUUUCGUGCCGACACGAAAAGCUAUCCGGAAAAUUAUAAAUACCUAUCCGAUAUGUCAGUCUCCACUUAAGAGAUCGGCGCGGCGCUGCUUCGCACCGUUACGGAAAUCGCGCCGAAAUCAUCGUUCUAUGUGUGAACAGAACCCCUAUCUAGCAACAAUACUACUAGCCCUACUAGCCUGCGUAGCAAGCGUUUUCAAUCGAGUUAUUGCGCGAAAGGUAGAGCGGGAGCUAAAAACAAAUAGAGGGGGGAAGGGGUGGGGAGAAAAGGAAACCUUCUCUCCCCUCCCCUCCCCCGUCAUUCCUUUUUUUCAGGGUUCGUACAGGUCAUGGAAAACCUGGAAAGUCAUGGAAUUUAAGAAUUUCAUUUUCCAUGCCUGGAAAGUCAUGGAAUUUAGUUUUCGGUCCUGGAAAGUCAUGGGAAAUUAAGGCUACAUGUUUGGUAGACUAGUCACUGCAGAUAUCAAAGCAAGGGUAAUGUAACGUAGAGACGAGUGAUUUAACAUUGCAAAUGGUACGCAUUUUAGUGGACACCAGAGUUUGUUUGUUGUACUGAGUUAGGGCAAAAAAUACCCUAAAAAAAGGAAAAUUUUGAGAAUUAUUUAACGUGGCAGCUAAACCUAAGGUCAUGGAAAAAGUCAUGGAAAGUCAUGAACUUGAAGAACUCAAAAGAGUACCAGCCCUGUUUUUUGCUCACGUCCACACUUUCUCGACAAACUCGCGCGGAAAGGCUUGCUAUGCAGACUACAACACUACCUAGCAACACAUUUCUGUACAUUCUUUAUCGUCACCACACCACCACGACGUGAAAAAGUUUAUUUUCACGUUUUAUGGAGGACAUGAACAAGCGACGGUCAAAUUUUCCUUCUUUUUGCGACGUAGUCGCCGUCGUAAUGCACCGUCAUAAACUGAGUCAUAUUCCAUCGGGUGAUCACAAGACAUGCAAACUUCAUUGAUGAUUUGGGGAAGUAACAGAGGCUUUGAAAGUGGCAUUCAUUCCGUCGGAUCCAUUGCUUGAUGUUAAUGUGUACUGCGGUGGUGUUACACUUGCUGUAUACAAUGGUGGGGGCUGUUGGAAGGUAUUGAUGGCCGGUUGCGGGAGGUGAGAUGUGGUGCUUUGUGUUAAGUGCCCGAAAGGAACGUUGGAGAAUGCCACUAAACGUUGUUGCCGCUUCCGGUUAUAAAAAUAGCCGAAGACUACGAUAGCAACAAUGACAAUAAAUGCACAUGCUGCGGUAACAGGUAUGAUGAUGUCCAGAUUGCAUUUCGUGCCAUUUUUACACUUCUUACCACAGCAAACUUGACCACCAGAGCAGUCAUGGUCAUAAGAACAGCCUUGACCACUACAAUCUUUCCCUUGAACACACACAUCAUUACAGCAUGAUUCAUCGAAACCACAUCCCGUCUGCAGCACGCAGGAGCGACCGACACAAUUGUUGCCUGGAACGCAUCUGCGACCACAGCAUACCGAGUUACGCGGACACUGAGAGCUGGAAGAGCAGUAAUCACCGAGGCAAGGUGUUGUUUUGAAGUGACAAAUCCCGACUGAAGUCUGUCUGCAACACCUUUCCCCGGAAUAUCUGCAAUCGCUUGAGCUGAAACAGGAUUCACCGAUGCACUUCACGCCAGAAAUAAAUGCCCCCAAAACAAUCAACGUACACAAUAUAACAUUCUUCCUGUAAGAUAAACAGCGCACCAUACCAACUCCUAUUAAUGCCAUCCUUUAGAUUUGCGAGUCCUCGGCUCUCGGGUUCGCGUGGUCCAAUGUUGCUGCAAACGCAUUUCUCUCACAAUAUAAAUUUAUAGGCUUUCUCUUACGUCAGAGCCACCUGUAUCGGCCUUCCUUAUUUCCAGAAAUGUAAACCACUUUUCAAGACAAAGUACAGCACUCACUAGCGGCUUUUUAUUUAGUAUUUUGUAGAAUAGUAGUUGGGAUUGAUCUGAGACACUUAACCUCUAUUCUCGCUUUUCGUGUGAUGAGAAAAAUCCCAUUAUUCUUCGAAAGACACAAAAAGAAAAUGAAAUUGUUCGAGCGUUAAACCCCCCACAUUGAGUGAUUCUCGCAAUAACAUGAAGUCUAUGAGUCAGCAAAUUGCCAUCGUUUCCAUGUGAACCGUUACCUGGUAUAAAAAGAACGGCUUUUGAUAUAGCUACAGGCCUAAUUCCUGAUAUUGCUAUGGCGGAAACAUUUCAGCUACUUGCAAAUAUUUUGUCAGUGUGCGUAUUUUUUAAAUUCAUAUAUAGUUAAUAUAUUAAUGAAUAGACAGUAAUCAAUUCUAAUAUCUGAUGUAGCGGUGCGUUAGAUUUCGAAUUUGACGUUGUUAGAUACAACAGUAUCCCUGUUCUUUAUGAUAAUCAUUUUCAUAACAGCCAAAAAUAUAAUGUGAAAUGUCAUGUGAUGAUUGUGAAAACAAGUUUUAUUUUUUUUAUUUUUUUUAUUAUAUGUGGUACACAUUUUUGCACCCCUAUUCAGUUUCUUAGCUUGGCUCAACAACGUUUCUGAGCUCCAUAUUGCUGCGUUUUCAUUUCAUCGUCUCAAUUAAUGAUUCAUAAAAUAGUAGAGAAAUUAAUGUUUGAUGAUAGUUUUGAAAUCACAUAAAAAAAAACUCCUCAAUUUUUCUCUCAAAAUUUCCCCUCCUGGAAUCACUUUAGUGUUUGGGAUUCGACAUAGUAUUUUGUCACAAUUUACACUCCCUUGUCAGUGACUUAAAACAUCGUGUCUCAUAUUCGAAGAAGUGUUGCGCGGUAGUGUUAUAUACCACGAUAUUCUUCCUCGAGUGUAAACGAAGCUGUAAUUUUUUGUUCUAAAUUAUAAAGAGGAUAUAACCGCGGCAGGACUAGCUCAGUCGCUAGAGCGCUUGACUGUAGAGCGGGAGGUCGUGGGUUCGAUUCUCAGGGUCAGACCAAUUCUUAGGGUCUUAGGGUGCGUUCGAGUGGGAAAUCCGGAUUUAGAUUUUCAAAAUCUAAAUCCGGAUUUCCCAAUCGAACGCGAAAUCCGAAAACGGAUUUCACCUCCGAGAAAUCCGUCCUCAGGGUGGAUUUCAAUUAAGAAAUCCAAAUCCGGAUUUUUUGGAUUUCCCUUUUUGUCGUUCGAUUGGGAAAUCCGAAAAAGGAUUUACUAAACUGUUCUCGUGAUCAGCGGUAUUCUUUUUACUAAUUAUGCGUGCGCAUGCAAGACCGCUGUUCCUAAGGACAGUUUUUCAAAUCCUUUUUCGGAUUUCCCAAUCGAACGGUAAAAAGGAAAAUCCAAAAACAAAUAUUUCAGCGUGUAAAUCCAUUUUCGGAUUUCGCGUUCGAUUGCAAAUCCUAAAUCCGGAUUUUAAAAACUAAAUCUAGAUUUCCCAAUCGAACGCACCCUUAAAUUAACUAAGAAAUGAAGAUACACCAUUUGUAUUGCAAAUGGCUAGACCUUCGGGUGGCUCGGAUGACCACGUAAAAUGGCGGUCCCUUCCCGGGGUGCUCAAAUAAAGUUCAUUUUUUAAAUUAACUUGAACGUUAUGACAUAUAUUAAAUUUAAAAUUUAGCGAAUUAAAGAAGGUCUUCAGCGUUGCGAGUAACCUGAGAUCAGGCGUAAUUUUUUUUUUUGCUUCUUUGCUUCUUUGGCUCGAGAGGGAAAAAAUUACGCCUGAUACAUUUAUUUAACAAGCCAUCAACCGCCCCCUAAUUUACAUAAUGUAACGUCUGCUUGACCUGUCACGUUAUUAGCCAAUCAGCGUUUAACAGAAGGGAAUCAAAUUUUGGCGGGAAUAAUGUCUCUUUCGAAAUAAAUUUUAGGGAAAAGAAAACGUUUAAGUACGUUCAGAUGGCGCUUCCUAGGAAAAAUUUAGAAAUCUUUUUUUUGUGACGAAAUACUGCUAGUUGGAGCUGCCGUAGCUUUAUUUAACAGCUACAAAUAAUAAAGAAUUUACAGGUAAAAGCUCGUUGACUUCGUUAUGUGCCGAAAGUUCUGAAAAAAAAAUUAGGCCGAAGCACCAUAUUUAACGAACUGAAAAGUGUUGUGAAAGCGAAGAUCGCUCAGACUAAUUCACAGGUUUCUGAAGGAGGAAUGACAGGAAUUACAGUCAAACCAGGUCAAGAUUCCAUUCAUGAAUUAAUUAUUUGAAGAGUGAACCCGUUUGUCGCUUCUGUAACUUGUAGCCGGUAUCAAAUUGAAUUCAAAUAAUCGGUGAAAUUUUGACUACAAUUUUUAGUAUACGACGAAAUGGAAAAUAAUUCAAUGGAUGAAAUUUCUAUUUAGACAUUUUUCAAACUGGCAAGAAAACUGAGCCGGCAGAGAUUUCAUAACGAACUCGCGUGUGCACUGCUCAAUACGCAAGCAAAAAUGCAAACUGAAAUCAACGACAACUAACGGAUGGCGGCGUUUUGGCCAAUCGGAACAGCGCAAAUCAUCCGUAUUGUUUCCUAUCCAAUCAGAAAAAAGUCCAGAUUCUGGCUUUUUUGCAUGUGAUCUGUGAAAGAAAUGUAUCAUGCCCUCCUCCCGAACACAGAUUGCAGAGAUAAAGGGAGAGGGCAUGAUCGCAGGCUACGUUGCGAGACGACUUCAUGGUAGCCGCUUGCGACUUAUGAUCAACAUAUUAUCGCUUAAAAAUAUCAAGUAAAUUUUGUCGUGUUUGAUCAUGUUCUUAAUUCUCGUUACCUCCCUGUUUUCUCACACAACACCUGCCCCUUUACGUGGCAAGUUAACAAACGCGUUUUGAAGGAAUGCAGGUCUCGUGCGAUGCUCCAGCGGUGGGGGUUGCUGAGUAUGGUGGUGGUUGGUCACUUUGGGUGUAAUUUGGUGGAGGUGGUUGGUUGGACGGUGACCCCUCUGUUUGGUAGAGUGGGUUACAUUGUGUAACAGGUUCUGAAGAGAUGCCAGUUGUGAUCUGCUCUGUGAGUACUUCAGUGCCAUCUUCUCUGGUCGUGACAGUCCUGGUACGUUAGACAGUGAUUGCUCUCUUGGUCAGGCGUGUUGUGGCGAUUCAAAAUGCGCCGUAGGAAAAAGUUGUUUUGGAAAAUACUGUCCUUUCAGCUCAGAAUGUUCCAGCGGUCAGUCCUGCUGUAAUAACACAGGGGCACCCAACGACGGUUUCCUCCUAAAUACAAUGCUGACACUUUUUAGGCUAUCCAGAGUACUUUUAAAUAUCUAGAAACUCAUUCUAAGCGGCGCUAUAAAAUCUGUACCUGUUCGGUCAUCUUAGGGGAACUUGAGUCUUUUCGAAAUUACAAGGGUUUGAGUAUUAUUUUCCCGAAAAUUUUAGAUCCAAUUUGACGUAUUACGAAAGUGAGACAUUUUCUGAUUUCUCUCACCAAUGCACUUUUGAAUCCGAAAAUUUUAGGUUCCCUUUCACUCUACGAAAAACAGCCUAACUUGGGAAGUGGAAAGUGAAAAUUAAACUUCAGAAAGUCGUAGGACAUUUAUUAGAUAAGCUUCGAAAAUUGUACAUGAGUUGAACGAUCAUCUAGAACUUUUUAGCCGUUUUCAAGCAAUGGCAAAUUCUUGGCAAUAUUUGCUUCUCCGAACAGAUAUUUCACAGAAAGCAGUCGUUGGGUGCCCCUGAUAACAAAUGUAAUAAUGGCUCGAUCUGCAUCGGUCAAUCUUCUUCCAGCAACGAUGACUGGCAAGGUACAGGGGAGUCUUGCUGCAAAGGAAGUUGCUCAAGACACUGUAAAGAGGAUUCUUCCAACGACGACUCUCAACUGGCCUACAUUAUAGGUCCAGCUGCAGGCGUGGAGCAGUCCUCGUUGCUAUAGUUUCCUCAAUCGUCGCGAUUCGUCGCUGACGGCUUAUUCGACUACUUCUCGAAGGCAACAUCAACAAAUGAAAGUGAAGAAUGAUCAUCGCAGUAAAUUUUCCAAUUUAAGCAAGUGGAAAGAAGAAGCCUGAAAAAAAAUCAGGGCUUCAACGGGAUCGAUUUUUUUUUUUCAGGCUUCUUCUUUCCAAUUGCUUAAAUUGGAAAAUUUACUGCGAUGAUCAUUCUUCACUUUCAUCUACAACCGCAGUUCAAAAAUGAAUUAUUUCAUAUACUUCACAUCUUUUCACUCCUCACGGGAGAUAUGAACUCAAUAAAUUGACCUCGCUCCCAAUGUCUGGCUUCAUAGCUCAAUUGGUAGAGCAACGCACCGGCAACGCGGAGGUCACGGGUUCGAAUCCCGUUGAAGCCCUGAUUUUUUUCCGGCUUCUUCCUUCCAAUUGCUUAAAUUGGAAAAUUUACUGCGAUGAUCAUUCUUCACUUUCAUCUACAACCGCAGUUCAAAAAUGAAUUAUUUCAUAUACUUCACAUCAUCACAACAAAUAUCACCACAACUGUCACCACUAGAGAAGAUGGCACUGAAGUACUAACAGAACAAAUAACCACGAGCAUCUCUUCAGAACCUGUUACACAAUGUAACCCUCUCUACCAACCAGAGGGGCCACUGUCCGACCAACCACCUCUAUCAAAUUACACCCAACGUGAGCAGCCACCAUCCUACAGAUUAACACCUACCAGCUGAGGAUUGCACGAGACCUGUGUUCCUCAGAACGCGUUUGACGAUACCGAACAGUGCAUCUUAACUUGGUCUAGUAAGUUAAAUCCACGUUAAAGUAAUAAAUUAAAAGGUUGUGAAAAAGAGCGGAUACAGUUUGGUGGAAGCCUACAUCUAUUAAAGCAUUAAAAAAAUAAACGGUUCGUAUUUCGAUUAUUUAGUCUAUUCGGUUUGGACGUCUUCUUAAGUUUUUUGUUGACCCUAAUAUGAAAAUUUGAAUGCUUAAUUUUUGCCUCUAUACAUGCAUUUUCGAUAGCAGUAGUUUGGAAUAGUCUUUAAAAUAUCAAACAAAUUCGUCUUGUUGGAUUAUUCUCACCAUUCUUGUGACUCCGUGUUAAAAAGCGUCGAUAUUACAAGGAGAGAUUGAUUCUGAUCAUAAGCCAAAGGUGGUUACCAGAUGACUCGCAAUGAGCAUGAUUGAUUUGCUAUAUUUUAAAAUUUAAUGGAUGUCGUUGUAUUCCAGUGAAUUUACUCUUUACAUGAAUAUUCUUAUUCCAAAACAAAAAGCUCAUUUGUACUUAAAGAACCAAAAAUAAUCACAGGUUUAUACUUUGUCAACUUUGUCUCUCUUCACUGCUGGGGGAACCCUACGCUCGACAAGGAUCCCGUCCAGGGAGGAGCAGCAAUACUCUUAGGCAUUUCCAUGCUAAGGAAACCGGGAUAAGCUCCAGCCGUUUAAGCCUUUGGCUCGUGUGCGCCUUUACCUUUUUUACACUUUACCCUUUGUAGCAAAAUGAAGCUUCGACAGUAAUUUCUGUAACGAAACGACUCGAUACCCCAGAGGAAAGUCUUUGGUCAAAAGAUCUCUCCAUUCAUCACUGCCUAAUCAAAUUCAACGACGCUAUCGCUAUUGUGCAUGCUGAUGUCGUUGUUUGUGUUUCAGAUAACACCAUAAGAUAAAUUUGACGUUGUUUAACUUUUCUACCCAACUUAACUUCAUCGCCAAAAUAAAAAGAAAAAAUGCCAAAGAAAUUAGUGGUUAAUGAAUGUCUGCAUUGGGGGAACGUUUGUUCCAAUUUUCAAGACCAAAAUAGCCCCGAACUAUCUGAAUAUUAGUACAAGAAAGAUAUACAGCAGACGUUUUUGACGCCGUUCAAUAAACUCACAGUUCGUGUUUCAUUAAGUUUUAAACGUAAUUUAACAAUCCUGCUCGAUCACACAACUGAGGGCCCGAAAGGCUUUACAUGUAAAUUACAAAAAGUAAGAAGAGCAGCUAGUCUUAGCGGAAGAAUGCCACGGUCGGAAAUGAUGUUGAUGUCGUAAUACAACUGACCGACACUUACUUUCGCAUGUUAAGCUAAAAAUGAACGUGAUAAUACAGAGAACAAAAACCGGUUUUGAGCCAACCUGAGAAACUAAACAGGGUUGCAGUAAUGUGUAACAUUUCGAAAAAAAGUACCCAAAAUGAAAGAAGAGUUGCCAAUCUUAGCGGAAGAAUAUUGUGGUCGGAAAUGAUGUUAAUCUCAAGAUAUCACGAACCAACACUCACGAAGCCCGUGCUAAACUCAUAUCAAACACCGACAAGACUGCAAAUAAACCGUUUAUUGCACGUUCUUUACAGUACCUCGGGGUUACGGUUUUUAGUACAACAAAACGCAGGCGCGGACCUAGGAUAAAUUUCCUAAACGGGAGCGCCGAAGGCGGAAGCUUCUAGGGGAGUCCGUUCCAAAUUUAUGUGCGGUAUCAAAGAAUUUAACUCCAGGAACAAUUAAUCCUUGGUAAACAGCCAAUUUAGCCUGGAUGAUAAUACCUCAUUUUGGAAUUUCUAGACAAAAAAUAACCGUUUAGUAUUAGAUUUGGGUCAUCCAUUUGCCAAGUCACCAAAAAGGGGAAAACAGUCUUUGAAUUUUGGGUAUGAUACAUUGAAGACGUAAAAACAGCCAAGUAACUCAAUGACAGUAUCCGGAUACUAUCUUCUCCUCUGAGAGUUAGCAAAUAUUGCUUCUUUCAGUCACUAUCUACAUAAAGGUGGCUGAACACAGUUUUGGGAGUUUGUGAGUAUAUGUCAUUUUCCAAAUCACGGCAAGAGAAAGGUUGCUGCUCACAAGCUGAAACUUGGCAGGUGAAAAAUACACUGAUGAAAGAUUUUGAUUGACAGGUAAAAUUUGACGUUUUCGUAGUUUCCAUGGCAACAUGAACGAUUGAAUAGAGCCUUAAAAUUUCACUUUUGCUGAGUUUACAUAAAAUUCUGUCAUUAGAUUUUCCUAUUAACUUGCACACAGCUUACUAUAAUUAAUCAUUACCAUUUGAAACUUAUUUGACCAAAUUUUAACAGACGUGUUUUUGGAUAAUCAAUAAUAUAAUUGUACUGUAAUUACUAAAUAGUUACUGAGAAAUCGUCUUCUGUGUACCAUUGCUUUUUUCGCCGUCAUGUUUGUUUGUCUAAUUUAAAGCACGCUCUAUCACGCGAGUUACCGCUGACCGCCUGCAAAACUGUGUUCAGCUACUAUAAAUUCCAAGGGCAAAGGGCGGGUUCGAGAUGAAGAAAAGUCGGUCAACGUGUUCUUUGAGUGUGACCAUAAAUUCAUUUAGUGUUUUUUUUUAUUUGGCCUUACGUAAAACUUGUACGAUUUAGCUUAACUCAGUUUAACUAAGAUUACAUUUCAUUUAUCUGCGUCUUAAAAAUACAUCCAACCUUUUUCUAAUGUUUUUUCAGCCGACAGGUUUUUCUUGUGAAAAAUCUUUGUUGUUAUCUGAUGCAAAACUUGUUCUUAACUUGACUUGUUUACAUACAAGUACGUGCAACGAAACAAAGCUAACAAAAUCUAGUCCGCGAGCCGAGGAAAAACGUCAAUUUUUCAGCACCAUAGAUAUGUCGCCCCAUGUAAGCGAAUCCAAGACGGGCUGGGAUUCUGGAUACCGGUGUUUGUCAGUGGAACUUGGAUUCUUGACUCCUUGAGCUGUAUUCCGGAUUUCAAAACCCAGGAUUCCAGAUUCCACAAGCCAAAAUUUCCCGGAUUGCGGAAUCUGGAUUCCCUUACAUUGGGCGAGAUAUGGAACCAGCACGUUCAGCUCAACGCGAUAGCGGCCAGUGAGUUUGAAUGUGAUCAGCAUUGUAGGAGCUGUUCAUUUUCUGAGAAAUUUUCAAUUUGUUGGUCGAAAGUUGGCCCUUGUGGCUGGCAGAGUGGAUAAUCUUCUUCAGGAAUGUUACUGGUGAUUCCUGUGUUGUCCGUGGGGGCAGUGAUAUUUGAUGUUAUAUCUCUAGUCGUUGGCUGUCGUCUUUUCGCUUGCCGUCGUCGAUAGAUGAGUAAUAUCACUAUGAUCAGAAAAACAACGGCUAGAAAUGCAACUAUCGGCCAAACAAUGUAUUCAACAUGUUUACAAUCACUUGAACAGGUUCCUCUACAGCAAACUUCUGUUGCUUGACAGUUUGUCUCACUGAUGCAGGAUUUACCGAUGCAAGUUAAACCAUACUUGCACUUGCCACUACAGCAAGAUUGACCAAUGGAACAGUCGGAGUUAAAAUUACAACGUUGUCCGGAGCAGUUGUUCCCUUCAAUGCAUUUUGAAUUACAACAUGCUUGAUUAGCGGAACAAUCGGAGUCGAAAGUGCAUCUUUGACCGAAGCAGCUACUUCUCCGUGAACAUUUCGAGUGACAGCAUGCUUGAUUAGCGGAACAGUCAGAAUCCAUCGAACAGCUUCGGCUGGCGCAAUUACUCCCAAACACACAUCUGUUUCCACAACAUAUCAAUCUGUCUUUAUCAUUAGCGCAUUCGUUAUCCGUGCGGCAAAACUGAUUGAAGCAAUUUUCAAGACGACACACGCCAUCAAACCAAGACCCCGUUCCGCAGCAGACCCAUUCACUAUUUCUACCGCAAUCUCCGUCGUCGGAGCAUCCGCCGAUAAUCGUGACAAAAAUAAACAUACAGUCAAAAAGUGCAAAAAGUGCAACGAUCUUCAUAGAAGAAGCCAUGACUCUACCUUCUCUUAAUAUCACGCCUUUCCGGCUCUAUUAAAUAUGAUUGCGGAAGUUUCUUUGUCUCAUCUGUAAUCAUGACACAGCAGUCAUUGUAAAUUAUGGCAGAUAUCAUAUGGAAAGUGAUUUAGGGAAAAUGGGCAGACCUGGUGAAAAAAAUUUAAUAGGUGCAGUUACUCUAGACCUUUUUCCUAAAGUUCCGCCUUGGGGAAAGCUUGGGUUGGGCUCGCUCUGGGAUUUGAUCCCUUUAAGUUUGCGGUUACAUGGCGAUAAAUUGCUGAGGGGAAGAAAAACUUGAACCCGGUUUCGCGGUAAAAUACCGUUGUAAACACUGAAGGCUUCUAUAAAUAGUACACGUUUUCCACCAUUUUUACCUCUUCAACAAAGCCCCUACAUCAAUUAAGCUUAGCAAUAGCGAUUCAGCUUUUAAUUUUCACGACAACAACAACAACAUUUAUUUAAACACGAUAAAAUUACAGCGGAGCUGAUGUGGCCGUGUAUUUAAAAAUUAAAGGUCAAUUCCGCGCUAAAGACAUUUGCCUUUGCUGAUACUUGUGUAUUAAUAAGCUGAGCUCGCAACUAUCUUCAUCAUUCAAAAGCUUUUGCCUCUAGCUACGUCAAUCUGUUGUUCGUUUUCUAUCAUGACACUGCAAUACAUUCGUCGAAGAGGAGAUUAAUGACUUGGCAUUUCUUAAUUGCAACUCUUCAUUAAUAUUGCAACACCAUGGAAAUAAUUAUCUGUGUCGUGGCUACAAAUGAAAUUGAGGCAUUCAUCUAAAGAUUCAUAUUUUAGGGUGCCCCCUGGCGAGCACUUAUAUCCUUAGUAGUAAUAUUGGUUCUUUGCUUGUGUUCAGCGUUUUUUGUAAAGGUUGAUUUUCUUACAAGAGUCAUGGCCGUACAUAGUGCUCGCUCAGACGCGUUCAUUUUCUGUGAAAAAAGCAAGGCUUUUUUUGCACUGCUUGCUUUUUCGUUCAUCUCUGUGAGCAACGCGUGCUUGACUGUUGCUGACUGUUUUUCAGACCAAGUUUGCUGCGAUGGUGACUGCGUUGAUGGAACAAGCUGUGCUGGCAGCUUCUGUUCUGAUGAUUCCGAGUGUUCCAAAAGAGCAAUCGAAUCAUGCUGUAACAGUAAGUGUGUGUCCGGAAGCAGUUGUUUAGGCCAGCAAUGUACGAUAGACAGUGAGUGUUCGGUUGGUCUGGUGUGUUGUGGCGAUUAUAAAUGCCGAAAAAGUUGUUUUGGCAAGUACUGUUACUUCAACUCAGAUUGUUCCAGCGGUGAGUCAUGCUGUAGCAGCAAAUGCCAAAAUGGCAGCUGCCCCUGCUCCAAUCUCGCUGACUGUGGAGAUUUAGAGACGUGUUGUGGAGGCAUUUGCUCCAAAAAGGAGUGCGAUAAGGAGGCGUAUUUAGCAUACAUUGUUGGUGGCACAGUUGGUGGAGUUGCACUGCUUGUUUGCUGUCCUCUCUGUAUUACUAUCCUUGCUUUUUGCCGACACCGAAAACGACGCAACGGUAUGGGGGUAAUUCCGGCCAAUAUUACGACGAACAUCACCGCCACUCUUACUACCAGAGAAGAUGGCACCGAAGUGUACACUGAACAAGUCACCACCACCAUUGGUACCGCUUCUGUUACACAGUGCAACCCACUCUAUCAACCAGACGGGCCACCGUCCGACCAACCACCUUCAGCAAAUGACACCCAGAGUGAGCCACCACCCUCGUACGCAGCUACAUUUGGUGGAGCGCACGCGCCUGAUAAUUCUGUUUCAGCCGCGUCACGCAAAUCGGCUGUUAUUGUGUAAGAAAUGUGAUCUCUAGUAUGCUGUAUGAAUUGCCUUUUGUUUAAGUCAAAGCUUAAGAGAUCUUAGGGCCUGUUUACAUGGAGGUAGGUGAACCCAGAUAGGUGAGGUAACAAGCGGCGGGUCAACCCACCUAUCAUGUAAACGUGAUCAAAUUAAAAUGAGAGAUUAUAUGGACAGGCGGGUUACCCCCAACUAAGCGGGUUACCUCACCUACCUGGGGCCCCUUAACUCCAUGUAAACAAUAAGUGUAAUGAGGGAAACCUCGGUUUUAGGGGACUUUCCUUCUUUUCCUUCUGGGGUGGGUGGAUGAAAGACUUUGAAAACCAGGGCGUAAUGUGGGAAAUUAAAAAGACGUAACGAUUUGAUAAGGUAUAAACGAACUAGUGUUAUUUCAAGGGAAUAGCAAGUGAAUGAUAAGUCUCACUCUCGAGAGUGGAAAAUAAAGUUGCAUUUCAGAUUUUCCUGCUUAAAACCUUUCAGAGCAAAGCGUUUCAUGUGAAAAUAUUGCUGAGGCGGUUCCAUUUGAUGAAUCGUCUCGUCAACAGCUAUUGGCAACAGAUUCAGAAACCAUGACCUUCUUGUAUCACAUGUAAACUGCAAAAUGUAUGCCUAAUAGCUUUGGUUUGAUUUUGUAGCAUCAUAGGAUUAAGCCUAGUUAAAACUGUUACGUGUUCAAAGAUAUGGUUCUGCUGGGAUUAAUCCUUUGAGUGGCUUUAGCAUAGUCGCCUCCUUUUGUAACAAGUGAUUCUUUUUUGUUGUUGUUUAAACCGAACUGUGAUUUGGAAAAAAAAUGAGGACUUUUAUUACCAGUGGCCAAGCAGUCUAUAGCAGGUGACCAAGUUGUACUUGAUAGAUCGUCAUAAAGUUAACUAAGGGUUCCACCACCUCCAUGUAAACAAGCCCUUACUAGUUUCAUCUAGUAACAUUUUUAUCUGAGGAAGCCUAACAACCACAAGCUUCUCUUCGCCCUUUUACCUCAAUUCAAUUUCUUCUUCGCCUUUGUAAUGUGGCAAAAUAAACUACACGUAAACUUAUCUGAAAGCUCGCUUUAACUCUUACUGAGAUCGAUUUCUUUUGGAUUUGCUCUGUAUUGCUGUUAUUUUUUUCUUUUUACCUUCAAAACCUCGAACUCUCGCCGGUUCGACCCUCUCGAUAACUCGAACUCCUUUUAAGAAAUGUUCUUCGAUGGUGGGGUUAAAUGUGUAACAAUUUAAGGCGCCACCCAUACGUAUCCGGAUAUUUUUAAAGCCGCGACUUUUUCUUUCAGGAUACAAAAAAAUUGAAGUCCAUACGUAUCCGGAUGCAAAUCGAAUUUGCGUGUCCACACGUAUCCGGAUAUUUUUGAAUCCGCAAAUUUUUCUUUGCUCGGCCCGUCUUGAAUAUUCACCGUAAGGAACUGGGCUCGAUCUUGUGACGUCAGUGGAUAAAAAAAUAUUCGGAUUUAGCGUCCUAGACUACGAGUAGUCCCCCAUUUUUCCUCAGGGAUAGUAGAGCGAGCGAAACGCGAGCGCGCGUGAAAAUCACCCCACGCGAGAAAAGGCGACACGCACAAACGUGCACGCGUGUAGCCUUUUCUCGCGUGGGGUGAUUUUCACGCGCGCUCGCUCUACUAUCCCUGAGGAAAAAUGGGGGACUACUCGUAGUCUAUUAGCGUCCACACGUUUCCGGAUACAAAGCGGAUUCAAAAAGUCGUGGAUUCGUCUGCCGGAUACACCGGAUACGUGAGAACGGAAGCCGUAUCCGGAAAGAAAAGAAUUUUGACAAAAAGCAAGUGAAAUUAUGUCCUAAUUUCAGGAGUAUAAUUAUUAUUUGAGUAUCAGUCAAUAUUAUGGGUGAUAACAAGAGGUGAUAAAUUACUCUCAAACAUUAAUUAACAUGUUUAUUGAGUCGGAGUUGAAAUUAUAACAACGUUGGCGGAGACAGUUUUUUUCCUGUGGUGCAUUUUGAAUUAAAACAUGCUUGAUUAGCGGAACAAUCAGAGUCAAACGUGCAUCUUUGUCCUAAGCAGUUGCUUCCUUGAACACAUUUCAAGUGACAACAUACUUGAUCAGCGAAACAAUAGAUCGUUUUCACUGUCACCCAACAAAAAAUAAAUUGGAAACCGUCCAGUGGAAGAAGCUAAGAAAAUGAAAUGUUAUAAAAGACUAAUAUAUAAACAAUUUGUUCAAGCCUCAGGUCUUUGUGACCCACAGUUUCUGAGAUAUUUGCCGAAACGUUUCACGCGCCUUUGUAGAGCUCUGUAUGGAGACGCCAUAUUGAUGUACCGUUUUGGUGCACCAAUAUGGCCGUCGGAAAUCAACAAAAACAUCUGGAGUUCACUUUCUGCAUAAAAGCACCUUCUUUUCACUCGAGAACUGGUAUACGUGCGCAUAAACAUAUCUUCUAAUGCUUGAAAUGGUUAUACAGCUGAAAAUGAAGAGGAGAGACUUUUUUUUCAACGAGACAGCAUUCCUAUUUUGGUGUCACGCACUGUGAAAACUCAGAAGUUCAAAUUGCUGUAUUUUCGAAAUGAAACAUGCUACGAGAAUGGAAACUUGUACAAAGAUUUACUUUUUGUUUAUCUUCAACCUAGUGUAAAUGCGAAUUCGUAAAACCGCACCAUUUUGACUUUACAAUUUGAUGAGGUCACUGUGAAAACCAUCUAUAAGAAUCGAAAGAACAGCUUCGUCUGGCGCAAUUGCUCUCUUGAACACAUUUUGAGUGACAGCAAACUUGGUUAACUGAACAAUCGGAAUCCAAAGAACAGCUUCAUCCGGCGAAGUUACUCCCAAACACACAUCUGUUUCCACAACAAAUCAAUUUAUCUCUCUGAUUAGUACAGUCCUUAUCUUGGCGGCAGAAAUUUUGAAGCAAGUUUUAGGGUGACGCUCGCCGUCUCACGGUCUGCGCAGCAAACAUAGUUCUCUGUGCAUUUGUACUGUGUGCUAUGAGUAAGGGAGUUGUCGGCGCAUCGGCUGUCAGCACUGACUAAAAUAAACAAAUUGGCGAAGAGCGCAACAACGUUCUUCAUGAAAGGAGCUAUGUCUUUGCGUUCUUUCAUGACGCCUUUCUCUGUUAAAUAUUAUUACGGAAGUUUUUCUUGUCUCAUUUGCCCUCAUGACACAGGAAAUAUCGCAAAUUAUGCCAAAUUUUUAGAACUUAAUAUCAGGAGGAAAGUGACCGAUGGAAAAUGGAAAAAGCUCGAGGAAAAGAUAAAUGAAUGUUGCGGCUUUGUUACAAUUUUAUUUUUUUACUGAGUAUCGAGUGUACAUAUGUGUUCGAAAAAACGUGUCCUCGUUCAAAAAAGCAUCCUUUUGUUGCUCCUUUUUUUUGUAGUUGUUUAAUGUGUAAGUUUCUCAGCUUGUUUCUUUUCUGUUAAAAAGUGAAACGAAAAUCUGACAUUUUUUGUUAGUAAUUGUUUUCCAAGGCAUAUAGUAUGCGUAGAGUCUUGUUAUCCUAGUUACAAUGACUGCCUUCUGUUUCUGUAUGAUAUGCUGUCUCAAUUGAUCAGUAGCGUAUGAAUCAUCGUAUCAAAUGUGUGGCAACGAUCAACGCUUGUGCACACAACAGGAUGAACACACACAUUCAUCCGUGGAGUAAAAGUUCUGCUACGGUAAUCACCAAUAAUAAUGAGAAUUAUUGUUAAUUCAAAACAUUUCUCCGUUUUUGACUGACUCAAAUCCCCCGGCUAAUUCUUCAUAACCAGCUAGCGUUGGCCAUAUUUGGAAGAAGUUUACGAUAUCCAGUAAAUUGACGUCAACAGUGCAGGAUGUCGACAGAAAUAGUAGAAAUAGGUACGGCAACCGAGAAUCAGUAGAGACUAAUUAGCUCAGCUAUUUUGGUAUAGCUUAGACUGUUCACAGUCCUCUAUUUUUCCGCAAGAUCAUCGAGAUCGAGCGCUUUGCGUUACGGGCUGCCAUGUUGCAUGAGUGUCAAAACUGCUUAGGGGGCGGGGGCGGUUUGGGAGAAAGCGAGAAAAAUAUUUUUCUCGCCCCCACCCCCGCCCACCAGAGCUAUAUUCCCCGACGCCCGCCCCCUUGGUACAUUUGAAAAUCAAGAUAGCCGUGACGGUAAGACGCGGUAAAUCAAAAUGAUCUCACGAAAAAAUAGGGGACUGCGAACAGUCUAGGUAUAGCUGGAGAAAACAGCAGAAAAUUUCACACGUUUUGCGAAGGAGAAAUAGCUGAUCUACUGCCUAAAAACAUUCCACAGAUAAAUAUGUGUGUUCAUCCUUUUGUGUGAAUUUACAUUUAGUAGCACCUGUCCUGGUAGCAUGUUAAAGUUAUUAAGUGCAACUAGAAAAAAGUAACAAAAAUAUCUGCAGUCUGCAAGUUGUUCUAUUUACUUUAAUUGUGCCCUUAAGACCGGUUUCAUUAGUUGAUUCACUUGAAACCAGCAGCCAACGAGUUCUGCAGAGUAGCAUAAUUCAGCUAUGUAUACUGGGGAAGCUGUAUUCUUUCUGUGUUCAGGUGUUCAGUUUGUUGAUCUGAUGGUGGUCCCUGCAAUUGGUAGAGUGGAUUAUCCUGCCCACUGAUGCUACUGGUGACUUCUGUGUUGUUCAGUUUGGGUGCAGUGAUAUUUGAUGUCUGAUCGCUAGACAUGAGUUGUCUUCUUCUCGCAUAUCGUUGUCGAUAGAGAAGGAAUAUCGCUAUGAUGAGAAAAAUGACUAGAAGUGCAGCUAUCGGCCCAACAAUGUAUCCAACAAGUCCAGAGUCUUUACAGCCAACAAGUGAACAGGUUCCUCGACAGCAAAUCUCUGUUGCUUGACAGUUUUUGUCGCUGAUGCAGGAUUUACCGAUGCAAGUUAAACCAUUAGUGCAGUUGGCACUACAACAUGAUUGUCCACUGGAACAGUCGGAGUUAAAAUCACAACUUUGUCGGAGACAGUUUUUCCCUGUGAUGCAUUUUGAAUUACAACAUGCUUGAUUAGCGGAACAAUCGGAGUCAAACGUACAUCUUUGACCUAAACAACUGCUUCCUUGAACACAUUUUGAAUGGCAGCAAACUUGGUUAGCAGAACAAUCCGAGUCCAUCGAACAGCUUCGUCCGGUGCAGCUUUUCCCGGAAACACACACUGAGUUGCAACAUGCUUGAUUAGCGCGACAGUGGGAGUUAAGCACACAUCUUUCACCGAUGCAGCGGUUUUCUAGAACACAUUUCGAAUGACAACAUACUUGAUUAACAGAACAGUCCGAGUCCAAGGAACAACUUCUUCCCGCGCAGUUGCUUCCGAACAUGCAUCUAUUUCCGCAACAAAUCAAUCUGUCUCUUUGAUUAGAACAGUCAGUAUCUUGGCGACAGAAACUACCAAAGCAACUUCUUAGUCGACAUUCUUCAUUCCCGCAACAAACCCACGGGAUUGGUCCGCAGCUACUGGAAGUGCAUUGGCACUUAACCUCUACGAAAAUAAACAAACAAUUGAUAAGCGCAAUGAGAGAGAGCUUCAUGACAAAUUGAGAGUAGCUAAAUCAAGGAGUGACUGCUGUAACACACCCCUUCCUAUUUUACAGUUAUUUUAUGCAUACUGAAUUUUGUUUGUCUUAUUUGGGUACCCAAUGAGACGGAAAAAUUGUUCAAAGAUCGAACAUGUUGGCCUUGUAUCAUCUAGUGCUUUUGAAGGCAACAUGCUGAGGUCCCUUUGAACAUCUUGUUAAACGUUGUCGAAUGCUAUUAAUCAAAGUUAGAUCAGGUUUAAAAGAGAUCAAACUUGUUUAAUAUAUAUUCAACUUUGGUUUUGACAUUUCUUGUAUGCGAUGGACCAUAUCAUAAUAUGUAAGUCACGUUUGAACAGCUUUCACAACAAUGUUGGACGCAAGUACGCUAUUGAGAAACAAUGGCCUCUGGAUUUUUCACAUUUUACUUGUUCUAUGUCGGUGAACAUUGAAGAAAGCUCAUUCCACCACACUAAGUACACGUUAUCGAAGGUUUGGCGGAGAAUUCCAUAUAAAUCAAUGUAUUUUGUCGAACCAAGCCUCGUUAAGUGAGCUGUCGUAGCGAUUUUCGUAGUUAUCUUCUACUGAAUAUAGCUCAUAUCGCGUGACUCAAACUACCACAAGCUUACGAGUGCCAUAGUACACAUUUGCACUUACAGUGGAACCUUUAUUCAGGGGACACCCUCGGGACCGAGAGAAGUGUCCCUUGAAUAGUAGCCUCCCACGCAGGCGUUUUUAGGGGAGCUCGUAUUUGGUCCCUCCCCGUUUGUGGGGAUGGACGAAAGACGAGCUCCCCUAAAAACGCCUGCGUGGGAGGCUACUUGAAUAGAAGUGUCCCCUGAAUGGAGGUUGUCCCGGGGUUUGUUAACAAUUAACAAACAAAGUUAUAAUUAAUAUAUAAACUUUUUUAUCCUGUCUCAGAAUCUGCUGCAGACAUUAUUAAGCAGCCAGAUAAUGUAUAAAAAUAAUGAUAAUCAUGAUCUCUGUAAUAUUGUGUAUCGAAUUACCGCAAGUGCAGUACAUUGAUUUAAGUGAGGUAGUUCAUGUUGUGAAAAAUGACAUCAUUCUGACAAGUGUACACCCAAAGUUAUCAACCUUUUUUUGUGGUCCUUCACGUUUUGAGUGGUAAGGUGUCCCCCAAAUGGAGGUUAAACAUUGGUUUCGGGCCCCAGGAAAGGUAGUCAAAAGUGUCCUUUUCCCCUGAAUAGAGGUGUUCCUUCAAUAGAGGUAGCGACACAACAUCACAUCACGUAUAAAUUGGAAGAUCAAAAUUCAUCAAUUUAAAAGUACACAUCACCAAGCUCCGUGGUAUGGCUAGCCUCCCCGCAGACGUCCUUUGGGGCUCGUUCGUCACGCAAAUGAAUGCGUGACGAACGAACCCCAAAGGACGUCUGCGGGGAGGCUAUGGUAAGGCUAUGCCAUGUCACCAGAGCAGUAGAUAAGCAGAAGAUGACAGCGAAAGAGUCUCAGUUACAAUGUUGACUUGGGGGAUUGGUCGGUGGUCAGUUGCCCAGAAACCUUAGUUGAUCCUGUGUCUGUAUAUUUUUGUUGCUGCAGGUUAUGUUGGUUCCAAGUCAUUCCUGGAGGAACUACUCCAAGUGGUGCAUGAGCUGAGAAAAGCGAAUCCCAAUCUGGUAUUUGGUAUGCAUCUAAUGUGUCUCUUGUUACUGUCCAGUGUCUGACUUGUACCCAGUCGCUCUUCUUGUUCACGCUUUGAUUGACGGGAAGGUUUAGCAAGCUCACCUGCGCAUGUGUACCUUUCCAGAUUUCAUUGCGAAUAGACAGAGGAAUAAAUAAGUAACGUCUAUGUACAAGAAUGACAGUUAGUGUUUUUCUGAUUUAAAUUUGCAAAUGCUGGGUCGGCUUAUUCAUGGAAGAAAAUUUCUUACGAUGUUUGUUGGUUAACGUAAGUUUGUUCGGUCAAGAUGGCUGACAUUGGCCAAGUUCUCUUUUGCGUUUUUAUGCACCGAGACGAAGUCGCAGUCAAUAAAAACGCAAAAAAAGGAUUUCAAUAUCCAGCCAUCUUGACUAUUAAAGCUUCGUUAAAAAAGAAUUUAUUAUUUGGCCAGGAAGAGAAAUUUUUCUCGUGGGACCAACGCGGAAAUCUCGAGCGGGCAAUAUAUGCUUAUCUUGCAAGCUUGGGUAGCCAAUCAGAACACAGGAUUCUCUUCAUCUUGCCCGCUCGCGGAUUCAGCCAUCAUUCGCUUCAGGCCUAGCCCGGCUUCAAAACAAAACAACAAAGGCACAAAAGGAGCUCCCGUAUUUAUUCGAUUAACCGCCCUGGGCGCUUAUUAAAUUUUUGGACCUUGAGAGUGGGCGCUUAUUCGAAGCUGGGCGCUUAUUAAAUUUUCACCAUUUUCAGCAAGUGAAGUAUGCUUAUUUUGCAACAAAACAAUAAAAGCUAAUAACAAAACGCGAAGAAGUAACGAAGCAAGGUUUCUGUAAAAUACUCUCAAGAAAACUCCGUCCUCGGGAAAGUCUCUUAUUAGAUUUAUUCACUCAAGUGGGUGGGGUGGGGGUGAGCGUUUAUUUGAGUUCGAUUGGGAGGAGGAGGGGGUGGGCGCUUAUUCGAGGCUGGGCGCUUAUUAACUUUUUCUGCCAUUAGGAUGGGCGCUUAUUCGAGGUAAGCGCUAAUUCGAGGUUGGGCGCUUAUUCGAAUAAAUACGGUAAGCUGACUCUUAGAACAAAAGUUGUGUUCUUUUGGGAUCAACAAUUUUCACAAAGAGACUGAAGGGUUAAGUUUGCUAAAAAGUGUGGUGCUGGUUAGUGAGCGAGUCAGCGGUGAAACGCAAAAAUUGAUUAUAUGGAUUCAGCCUUAAAAAGAUAUAUUUUAUUCAGAUAAUUUGUUCUUUUUUUACUAAGUUCCUACCAACAGCGUAGCUUUACCAUAUGAUAUACUAUUUUAAAUCCAACUCAUAACUCCUUGAUUCACUGUGAUUAAAAUCUAGCACUCGUAACCUCUGUGUUAGAUUUUUUGCAGUUGCAGAUUGACUUUAGCAACUCACUUGAAAAGUUCCCAAUUGAGCACUUUUCAAGCGUUUACAGUUAAAACGCUAUAAUGGCUUGGUGAAGUUAAUUCAUCACGCCCAAAUAUGAUACCUGGUGAUACGUUAACGGUCCUUUUCAGUUGUUUCUAGCUAGUCUGAGCAGGUUGAAAAAGCUGAUUAUCCAAUUCACCGAGACCCGACUUACUUCCUACAGAACAGAACGCGUUUAAGUCUGCCUUGAGUCCUUUAGCAUGUCCUCACCUACCUCUCCUUCGUCAGUGAAAUUUUCUUUUCAGUAUCUGUUUUUAAAAGUUCAUGUACUUUACUUUUAUCCAAGGUUGGGAAAAAGCUUUUAGAUUUUAAAUAAAUGAAUUAUUACAUCAUAAAGUUAGUUUAGAUCCUUCCACGCCUAUCGGACUAGUGUCGAUUAUCAACAGUGCGGAAACGAAAACAAAUAACGGAUGCAAGAAGAAAAAUGUUCACUAAACUGAGACUGUUUUCUUAGUGAUAACAAUGUUAUUUUUAAUUUGUUUUUAAUUACUGAUUCUUGUUUUAAUUCCUCCUUUUUCAAAGUAUGUGAUCCAGUAAUGGGAGAUGCGGGAAAAUUUGUAAGUCAUGUUAAGUUUCUUUGUUUAAUAUUAAUGUUAUUGUUCUAAUUUUAUUUUUUUCAUAUAGUUAUACAUAUCUUUUAUACUACUACAUGAGAAAUUUCUGCAAUCUGAUUGGCUUAGAGCAGUGGUAUUUCAGCUUAAUUUGAAAUACUUACAUGUGAAAAUUACAAACCUUUUGCGGGUAGUAGUAUAAACAAAUAAUAGCAUGAUUUGUACGUGAUAUUUGACAUAAAUAUCAAUAUUAUGCCAAAUAUCACUACAAAUCAUGCUAUUACCUAUACUACAGCUGUAACUAGAUUGGUGGAGGCGCGUGUGGCCGAGUGGUUAACGCGUCAAUUUCUUCACCCAGGUGUAUAAAUGGGUACCGGGCGACAUGCUGCUGGGGGUAACUCUGCCAUGGACUAGCAUCCCGUCCAGGGUGGAGUAGCAAUACAUCCUAGGCAUACUUCAUGCUAAGGAAACCGGGAUAAGCCGCGGCCGAUUGGGCCUUUGGCUCGUGUGCGCCUUUACCUUUAUCUUAACUGGAUUAUGUAAUUGCCCUGACAAACACCACUGAAUCGUUGUCAACAGUUAGCGGUACCACACAAACGAUUUAUUGACAGACUCAAGCAAAACAGUCAAAGAUAGAAAGACUGGACAAGCGACAACUUGACAAACAAUAAACGACCAUUAAGCUGUGAAAAAACACGGAUCGAAACUCAUCAAUGACAUUUAGAGUCUUCAUAGCCGAUAACAUCACGGCUUAACUGACAGGCGACCAAUAACAUGGUGACUAAAUUGACCAAUCAGGUCGAUGACCAUAGUUUCAUACCAUCAACUGACGUGAUACAACUCACUUUGACUCUAAAGAUGACUACCACACAGGUUGUCAAAACGUCAGCCACAGUCAACAACAGUCCUAUUCAGUACUACGUUAACGCGGACGAUCCCAUUUCACCUACUCAUGACUUGUUACUGCUCAAGAACGAGGUUUGUUCUUGAACAGAAUAUAAAAUAAUUUUUAAUUGACCUAUUUACGAAGUGAAGUAUAUGAAAUAAUUCAUCUUUGAAUACGUUUUGUAUCAGUAUGUUCCAGAGGAGUUGUUACCAGUCUACAGAGAUCAGAUCAUUCCACAGGCUGAUAUCAUCACACCAAAUCAGUUUGAAGCAGAGUGAGUAACACGCCUAUUUUUUAUAUUGUAAUUUACAGUAAAAUUUUUCAGUUAGCGUUGCCAAGCAUAAAUGGAAAGGUUUGUGAUGUAAUAAAUAUUUCUCGGUGUCUGUUAUGAAACACACAUCCCCAUGUUUGAUGUACAUGCAAUACUUACAUACCACUGCCCUUGAACGUCCUAGCAUUUAUUUCUUCCUCCGCGGCUGAAAUAUACGAAAUUCAUAUUCUCGUCAUUUCACUUAGUAUACGUACCACUGUUGCAAUUGUUUUGUUUUGUUUUGUUUUGUUUUGUUUUGUUUUUACGUCCGUCUAACUUUUUCGGUCCCUCAGGUAGAGGAGACAAGUAUGAAAAAGAACGCGGCUAUAAAUAUGUCCAUGUCCAUGUCUUGCAAGGCACAUUUUUUAUAUUAUAUAGUAUGGCUCUUAAUCAUGUCUCUGUGCGACGAAUACAUCAUAAAUCUUAGUGCCUCUUAAAUAUAUUGGAAAUAUUCUAAAUUGUUCUACGUACAUCCCAACUCUAAUUUAACCUUCUUAAAAAUAAGAGUAGCGUAGAAACUAUACAUAUCCACGUAAUUUUCUAUGUUAAUGUUUAAUAUAUUGUUGUUGUUCCUUUCUCUCUUACUUAACGUUUAUCUUAUUUCAUUUUAUUUGUUGUCAUAUUGAUUGUUUUGGUACUGAAAUAUGAAAUGUCGAAGAUAAAGUUAUAAAGUUGCUAUAAAUAGGAGAAGACUGUAGAGUGUGGGGAAAAAAGGACGCUUUCUCCCUCUCGCAUUGUCGCUGACUCUGUCUAGUUUGUGUCGGGUAAUCUUUUCGUUUAUCUCUUAAUAUUGUAACAGGCUUCUAAGUGGCGUAAAGAUAACAAAUGAAAGUGAGGCGUUUAAGGUGAGCCUCUACCUUGUCUGUACCCUUUUCCGCGUGUUAAGACUGUAGUGUUCUUCUGUUAUUGUAUGCAGCAACGGCGGAUUUCACACUAGAAAAGGAUUAUCAGUCUUUAAAUCCGUCAAAAUUGACGGAUAACAGACGGAUAAAGUAAGACGGAUUAUUCGUCCUGAAACCGUUCCGUUUUCACAUUAAGACGGAUUAUCCGUCUGUCGCGAACUAUUCGAUGGAUGUUUCGUCUUAGGCGGAUAAUCCGUCGCUAGUGUGAAAACGGCCAAUAGCAACUACCAGAUAACAUCACAAAGUUCCAAAUGAAGAUGCGCGUAAAAUUUGAAAGCAAGAACAGACGACAAUUGUAGUAUUUUGUUUUGUUCACUAUAAAUCUUCUCUUCACCUGUUAGUAAAAGAAUAGUGAUUUGACUGUUUUUGGAACAUUUAAGGUAACUUUGCUUUAGCAUUCACGUCCACAAGGAUGUAACCGCACAAUGGGCAAAUCGUGUCAUUUUCCCAUCUUUUUUUGGGGGAAGGGGUGGUCCUAAUAUUCCGUCUGCUUUCUUGGAGUCCUGGUUAGGUGUGUGCAAUUACUAAAUGUCUUCAAACUGUUGCUCUUUAAUCAUUGUGCUGUUCGAUGUAAAUAUGUGGAAGCAAUUAAUUUGCGAACGUCUGACUUACCAAGUGAAGUUGUACGCAGGACAACCAUUCACCAUUUUCACGUAGACCAUAAAGCACCUUGUUAACCCCCCCAAAAAAAAAAAAAAAUUCCAUAGCCGUUGUCUUCGUUUUCUCUUGGUACGACUGUCAUACCCAGGAGAAAUUGGAAAAAAUAGUUAUGCAACAUUUUGGGGGGAAACAAGGUGCAUUAUGGUCUCUGUGAAGAUAGCAAAUAGUUGAUUUUUGUUAUAAUCAGUCCGUUUUGUAGAGUACUUUUUGAAUAACGCUUUGUUUUCUUUGAAAAGGCAAUGAAGAUCUUACACGAAAGAGGCUCGAAAACAGUAGUAAUAACCAGCUCAGAACUGGGUGACCACAAGACUCUGAUAGCGCUUGGUAGUACGGUGAAUGGUAUGUGGAUCACUGGCAGUGGACGUCUCUCUUCACUUAUCGCUCCUAUCUGACUGGGCAUCUUCUAAUGCUGCUAUUUUCAUUAUUUUUUCUUAAUGUGCUCAUUGUAUACCCUCAAUACCCUGGAAACCAUACCCUAUUCAGCGGCAAAUACCCAUAAGUCCGUAAGGCCAAAUAAGGGACUGCCCCCCCACCCCCCAGCAAAAACGCCAAGAUUUAGUGUGUCCCUUCUCCUAUUAGUUCUUGUUUGAUUUUGGUAGCUUGCCCUGACACUGCAACUACACAUUCAAGGCUUUGGAUACACUUCCUCUUUCUCUCCAUUUAAGGUUCUAUUUACGUAUUUAUGCCGCUAACUUUACAAAUUUCUUUGAAAUGAAAUUGCUUAAUUUGCUUUCACUCCAAGGCGGUAAUAAGUGCGUCCGGAUGGAGAUUCCAAAAUUAGAUGCUACCUUCACGGGAACAGGAGACCUAUUUGCUAGCGUACUUCUCGCCUGGUUACACAGACAUCCCAAUGACCUGGCACUUGCUUGCGAAGCAACGGUAUCAACAGUGCAAGCAGUGCUAAAAAGAACUCUAGCUCAUGCACAACGUAAGUAGCAUCUAGUUCAAGUGAUUUAUGUAAUAAUAUGAAAUUUGAUACAUUCAAUAGUUUUUCAAGCUUAGUGACCGACUUGAGUGAAAUCAAAAUCCGGCUGGUUUUAUCCGAACUGAGUUGUCAAAGAAGUUUGGCUGCCAGAGAGAUAAAAGAGCUGACGUUCCCCGCUUCGUCAGAAUGAAUCCUCAAAAAGCGGUUCAUUACGUGUUUGCACGUUCACGCUUUUGGUACAUUUCUUUCCCGUCCUUGCCCUACGACGAGCAAAUGCCUUUCUGUUUUAUGGAGGACGUAAACAAGCGACGACGAAUCUUUUUUCCCUUCUAAACUUGAGUGCGGUCCGUUCGCCUGUCUUGUCAGCAAAUUGGAAUAAACGCGUUAAAAAGAUUGGUUUUUUAAAACUGUUUUCGCUGCCGUUGCCGUUGUCGAUGCUAAAGCUUCCUAAUCGGUGUCGGUUGUGUGUGCUUUAUAUAUCGAAAUAAAUCAACCAUAAACGCCAUAAACGCGAUUGACAAGCGACCCAAACGACUUCUCGUAAAUGCUUAAAGCCGUGCCAAAAAAACCGCUGCUCGCUGGGUUUAUAUCGAAUGGUGGAGCUACGCUAAUUGUGGGAACAUGAUAGCAUCAAAAAGAAGUUGAUUAUCCCUUAAAGUCCAAAAGCUACGGAAAAAUGGGCAACACAAACGUGCAACUUAUUUCGAAACAUUGUUGCUAAACGAGUUGAAAAGUGAUGAUGCGCGUUUUACCACCCACGAAUCAAACCUGUCUUGUAACAAAUCAAGUUGCUUCAGGUUGUGAGAAGUUGUUACAGAAAGUAUAGUUAAAUCUGUUUAUGUUGCAUCUACCUGUUUUGUUGCAAGACAGUUUUGAACGUGGGUGGUAAAACGCACAACAUGGCUCUUCAACUCGUUUUGCAGCAAUGUUCAAAAACACGUUCUUUUUUUUUUUUUUUUUUUUUUUGCCGUUUUACUAUAGUUUUAACAAAAAGAAAAUUAAUAGCGGAGCUCCCGCGCGCGUGGCGGAGCCCCAUUGCUAAGAUAAAUUGGUCACCUAUGAAAGUAACAAAAUUUGGUUAUGACGUAGCGUGCGAACGCCGACCGUCCGUACACCCACUUCAUGUAACCCGAUGCCAACUGUCAGGUUAUUUUGGCGGGAAAAGUGUAUGGCCGCCCUCGUCUUGUGAAGCAGAGACAACUAAAGAGUCAAUAAAGACGAAAACGGAGAGCGGAAAUUGUUUCUGUAUCCUGUCGUCUAAAGUAUUAAGUUUAGAUUAAUUGUCAUGUCCACAAAUUUAGAAAAUAGAGAAAGAGAAAGACAGAGAACAAAAGAAAGUAAGGCGACAGGCCAGCGAAGCUCAACGAGAAAAAGAGCUAGAGCGAGAUAGAAAAAACAAAGGAGACAUUUUUUGUUGGAGGAACAACAUGAAAUUUUGUAGCGGCGGGGAGAAAAUGAGAAAUGCUAGCGGCCACCUAGGUGAAAAUGAGCGACAGUAGAAAAAAAGAGAACAAGAACACGGACGAUAUUUCCUCCAUAAAACGUGUAACCAGGAAGCUUCUGGAAGUUUCACGUUGCAGUCGUGCAAAACAACGGCAAAGAAAUGUACAAAGAAAGUGUGCUGCACGUGCAAAGUUGCUCUUUUGCUAAUUAGACCUGUUUUUGUUUUUUCACCGUUCUCGUUGCCUUCGCCGGUUAGCGUUACACGAUUUUACAGUUUGUUUGAGCAAACUAUAACUUUAUCGGGAGCUUCGCUUUUAACCCUGACUAAAUCUAUAUAUUAAUGAUCCCUUCAUUUACCGCCAGCAGUAACCGAAAACAAAAUUCAGGUAGCGGCCAGGGCGAGAGUUGAACACAGUGCCUUCCGAUUCCAAAUCCAGGGUUCAAUAAGCCGCUCGGCUACUCUGCCUCCUUAACUUCUCUCACCUCGUUAUACACACUUAUAACUUUCAUCACAAGCGAAUCAUUUUUCAAACAAAAUUUUCUGUUUUAACAGGAUUAGCAGGAGAAGGGAACAAGCCAUCACCUGGACAAAUAGAGCUGCGUUUGAUUCAAAGCCUGGGUGAUAUUAGGAAUCCAAAAAUAGCAUUUAAAGCUCAUCUAGUAACAAAUUGA